AUCAGCUGACAGUCAAAGCCAAUUAAUUCCCAUCUUGCAGAGAACACACUUAUGGCUUCUAUAGGCUGAGAAGCGAAUAGUAUAGGCUCCGAGUGCGACCCAGGUAAGUUUCACAUUGUCAUGAAUACUAUAUGACCCAACAUGCAAAAUUAUGUAACAUAUACAAAUGCAGAAUAAGAACAAUGUAUACCGGGCUUUAGAAUGGUCGGACUAAACGUAAAAGUGAAUAGUCAAAAUACAAGCCAAGGUCAGGGACACAGAAAAAUACAGACUGAGUAAACUAGCCUGAUAACAGACUAGUGGAAACCACGACAGGGCACUGAUAAAAAGCUAUCCAAGGUAUAAAUAUGACCUCUGACCCCAAAACGCGCAUGUGCAUGGAUGUGACGUUGCACAAAUGUUGGCGCCAUCUUGGUUGUGGACAGAGGUAACUAUUCUAUUUAUAAUGGAACCGCAGCUGCCGGCGUCCCUUAUAACGUCACACCGUCUGGGAAACGUUAUAGCAGAGGAUCGGGCGGUAACCCACCGCAACUCUGGUAAGUAAAAUUUCUUACUUUCUGCAUGACCGCACUGUUCAUGUGCAGUCACAUCAUUAGGAGAGUUGGGAGUCGUGACGCACCAUGACAAAACAGAGUGACAGCUUAUGGUGGGAUGGCACCAGAGCAUUGCUUGCACUAUAACCAUUCCAGCUCACUGUUCUAGUGCGUGUUCCCUUAAAGGUUUUCUCAAACCCUCUAUUCCUAUUGGCAUUAUUCUAUUGGUCCCCCUUACAAAAAUGCUCAACGAGCAUUUGUAAAACAUUUUUACUUACCUUAAUCCAGCGCCGGGUGAAGGUAAGCCAUGUCGAGGUCUAAUCAAAGGAUUUUCAUAGAAAAUCCUUUGAUUAGAGGAUUUGAGUGGCUCAGAGCGCAUAAUAUGCAUAUAAAAUAAAGGAACAAACAUGUACACUUGACACUGUAGUUGUAAAAGCGUUGAAAAGGUGUUUUUACUCACCUUUUUUCCAGUGCUGCGCCAGUCUCGCCGUGGCUGUUCCCGCCUCCUCCGCUGAGGUAAUCAAAUUUGACUAUCUUAGUCAAUCCAAUGCUUUCCCAUAGAAAAGCAAAUUGUGCAUGUGCAGCAUUGAAUGAAUGCAUCUCUAUGGUGAACAUUCAGCAUCAGCAGCACUGAGCCAGGAAGCACCUCUAGUGGCCAUCUGAGUGCUUUUUCAUCUGAAAAGGCAGUGUGCACAUUAAAAAUCCUAAAGAGACAGACUGUGUAGACCAGAACAUCACCAUUAAGCUGUAGUUGUUCUGGUGACUAUAGUGUCCCUUUAAGAAAUUCUCUUUUCUGAACAAAAAAAAGAAAAAAAAGAAAACGGUUUUCAAUAAGUUUCUAUUACAUUUUUUAAUCUGUGUUUUUCAUUUCAUGCAACAACAUUAAAAAACAAACAAAACAAAACCCCAAAUCCUCAGUAUUAGCAAACUGUAGCAUUUACGAUGCUCACUCUGUUCCUUUAAAAAAAUUCUCCACUUGUCUAAAACAACAAGGAAGCCAUUAAAGUGAACAUUUAUAUUUUAAUUUGUGUUCCUACAAAUAUAAUAAAAUAAUAAUAAUAAUAAUAAUAAUAAUAAUAAUAAUAUACAGGCCAAAUCCCUCGUGUUAAUAUACAACCUAACUAUUUGCGGUGCACCUCCUGCCGGUGCACAGUGUCGAUAACAGGGCGGGUCUCAGAAAUCACAAUGUUGAGCAUGACUUAAGUGGUUCAAUGGGAAACGUUACGCCUGUGGUUGUGUAAGAACGGGAGGAAAGAUGUUACAAAACUAAAAGAACCCGGUCCACGGAGUUCUGAAAAGCAGGACAAAAUGAGGUGAGUUCAGUUUUACUGGCUAUUAAAGGUUUGUUUCCUCGGAGAACCAUUAUACUGCAAAGGAAAUAGAACUUAAACCUGUUCACUCCCUCCACCCAAUCUAUCAUGGCAGCAAAACAAACGUUGAUAAACACCCUUGCAACCGGUGUUUUAAUUUCGAUUUUGGAACAAGAAACAAUAACAAAAAUAAAAAAAGUCAAAAUCCUCGAUCUGUAAAGACGGUCAGUACCCGUAUAACUGUCUGUGCAUUUGCCUAUUUAAGUUUUUCUUGGUCACAUGUUUAGUUACCCAGAAUUCUGUUUAGAAUAUUGUAAGUUUUAGGAAGCUUGGUGUCUGAUUGUUAAAUAUUCUAUGCGUUAAGCACUUUCCUGACGCUGAACUAAUCGGAUUCCUGAAUGUCUGUAAUAUUGAAACUGUAACAUGUUGUUUGUGAACAAGAUGGUGGUUUUAUGAGAGUUACCAAUUUUUUAUAUACCUGGUGGGUGAAUAGAUAUAUUUAUUGAGUGGGAGAAUAGUUGAAAUGGUUUCAAAUUUAUUAUAGAGGGGGUGUUUAUAUGGAGCACUUUCACUUAUCUCUCUAAUAUCUGCUUUUAUUUUGUAAACUAAAGUUAAUGAAAAUGUGAUAACUGCACAUGAUUCGAAUGGCAAAUUAGAUAAGAAAAAUACAAAGUAACGUUUUAUUACCUUUUUUGAAUGGGUGUCGCUUUUGGGAAAAGGCAUGAAAAAACCGAUAGCUGACUCCCAUAAAACCUGGCAAAGUCACGGCAGGCAAAGAUUUAUGGAAAAGUUUCAUAUUGAUCUUGAACGCUGAUCUUCAAAUCCAUCAUUAGAACCCCACCAACAGGCUAUUUACUAUCAUAACGACUUUGUUGUAGCACAGGUGUGGAAAUCAGGUGCUUAAAUGUUUCCAUUAGGACCCUUGAACACUGAUGUGUAUAUGCCCAAAUCCUGUUCGAAGCUUCUCAGGAGAUUUUUGAAACACCUUGCUCUAGAGCAGAAAUGUCAAACUGAAGCUUUUAUUGGACUACUGCCUGCUUUAAUUUACAGCAAGUGAUGGGAGCUGUAAUUCAGCUAACAGCAGAUGUAAGCAGGGGCAAAUUUAUACUCUAGAGAGGAUUGUCAUGUUGCAAUAAAGAGAGCCUGCAUCUUAAUUACUUUUUUUUUUUUUUUUAAAUGUAUUUAUUUAUUGCAUUGUUGUGUAGCGGUUUGAUUUGUUAAGAAAACGUAAGCAAAUAUUUUAGUUGGCACAUUAUUUUUAUUUUUUUGCACUCAUGGUGAAAUUUUUAUUUAUUUUUUUUUUUCCAAGGACUUCCUCAAUGGCAGAUAUAAAUAAAUGCAAAACAAAGAGCCCCCUGCUGUAAAUAUAUACAGAACAUUAUCACUUUAUGGAGAUAGGGAGUCUAAACCCUUUCAGAUAUCUAUAAGUCUCCACCCUUUAGGAAGAUGUGUGUGUGUGUGUGGCUAAAUAAAAAAGGUAGAAGAGGGGGCGGCCUUAAUGAUUGAUGUGAGAAGGACAUACACACAACUGGUGACCUCACUACAAGAAGGAACCAAAUGAAAGGAAGGAUUUCUCAAUAGAUCUAGAAGCUUUAUAUCUAUAAGUAAAUAAUGUAAGAAUGUAAGAGCACACCUUCCCCCUUCACCUGGUUUCCUCUGUGACCUAGUUAACUGUAUUUAAUUUUUUUCUGGCUACUUUGAUAAAUUACUGGCCAAACUAAUGAAGUAAUCAUUACAGAAUACUAUACAGCAUUUAUAAUGUUUUUAUAUGCCCUCGCCUCCUAUUUGUCUGUAUACAGUUAUUCAUUGAUGUAUUGAAGUUAGGUGGCCCAAUGUCAUGCUCACUCACAUUUCUGGCUGUGUUCCUGCUUCCAGUCUCGACUCCAGCGGUUCCAACUCCGGCCAAUGUAGCUCAGCCCUCUUUUAUGAUGCGGCUCGCGCCGACGUCAUGACGCUAAUGACGUCGUAGCGUGCGUGCCGACGCUAAUGACACCACAUUCAAACUUGUUUGUUUUGGGGGCGCACCAAUAGUGCUUUGCUUUUCAGUGUGUUCUUGUGUUUUGACCUCGGCUCUCUGACUAUUCUCUUUUCUGUAUUUUUGACCCGACUUUGGUAUCUCGCUACUGUGUUUUCUGGUUCCCUUGACUCUAAUUGUAUUCCUCGAUUCCGUGACUUCUGGCUCCCUUGACUUUGGCUUGUCCACAACCAUUCUUUAUCUAACGUUAAGUCCAGCCAUUCUAAGGCCCGGUGUACGUUUUUCUAUUACAUCCUGCGUGUUGGGUCUCUAAGGAAUCAUGACACCCAAGUAAUUAUGUUCUGUACUACAUUUUGUAAUUGAUGCGUUAUUAUUUCAACUAUUCAAAAGCCUAUCAUUUUUACAUCUCCCUUGAAACUUAGUGUGAUGUUAAAUGGUUAUAUUUUGUGGAGUUUGAAGGUCACAGAUUUUGUGGUCUGUCUGGAGUAUAGUUGGGUUCAGUGACUCAUUUUUGAGCUGCUUGUACUUCAGGUGGGAAACAUGCUGUGGGUUGGUGGCUUUUAGAUUCUACUAAAAUAUUUAAAGCUUUUCUCUUUUGUUGGCGUCUUUGGCCAAGUCGUUUACUGCAGUUGUGGAAAAUAUGCCAAUGCCAAAAUCACCAUAUUAAAGUGAUGGAGGGUAACAAUUUGUAAAAAACUGAAGCAUAACAAAAUCCUGUCUCAUUACUCACAUUUUCCAUUGGAUUGGAGUAUCCAUUAACCCCUGAAGGAUGAAACUUUAUUUAUUUUUCCCACUUAAGAACCAAAACAAUUUAGUAUUUUUGCUUUAUGUGUGUUGAACAGCAAUAUCCAUGUUUCUCAUUUAUUGCGGUUCAACACAUAUAUAGACAGUUUUUCAAAUAACAAAUAGGGCUUUAAUUUGAUCUGACACACAUACAUAACCUCAUUUAUUAUAAAAAGAUAAAAUACAAAAUGGGAGGGAAACUCCGUUUUGGUAAUAAUAAUGUGUACAUAUUUAGUAUAGCUUAAGAAAAGUAAUUCAAAAAUUAUUUGUUGUAAUUUGCAGAGUUCAUAAUAUUCCUAGGUUUUCGGUUUAUUGUUACAGUAAAAAAAAAAAUUCAACGUGGAGCGAUUUUUUUAGAAGGUAUCUUUCUUGAAAACUUAAGAAAUUCUAUAGUGUAAAGAAUACAAAGUUGUAUUUCCUAUGUUACAAAAAAAAAUCCCUUUUCUGUACUCGGCAAGUUCCAGUGCUGAUAUCCCUUAAAGUUGGACCGGCGCUUUGCCUCCUCUCGUGUCAAAUGACAGGUGGGCUAAUGCGCGUUCACGGUAUGUUCCAUUAGCACAUUAGGCCCUCACCAUAGAAAAGCAUUGAUGGAGAUUUUACUGAUGCUGGAUGUCCUUGGGUAUUGCAUGAGGAUGUCCAGCGUCAGGUGACCAAAAGUCGCCAUGCAGGCAGGAAGUGCCUCUUGCAGCUGCUGCAGGACUAAGGCGGACUGGGACACUGCACCCAGACCACUUCAAUGAGCUGGGUGCCUGUAGUGUCCUUUUCAAUAGCUGUGAAAGAAAACACAAUUGCUACACAAAAGUCUAUAUUUAUACAAGAUAGGCUAUUAUUCAGAGUAUAGUUUGAGGCAUCAACUUUAUUAAUGAACCAAUUUUAAUGAUAUUGCAUACAAUUAAUGCCUAAUGCAAGGCUCAACAAAUUCCAGUUACUAUGGUGACUAUAAAUGUUUUCCUGGCCCAUGGGUGUUUGUUAGCUUGUUUAGCACUAGCUACCUUAGGGUCUUCCUCCCCCUCCCCGAAGCAGACGGUUGUGAUCUUGUAAUCUUCAAGAUCUUCUUGCUCUGCUCCCUACUGUGCUGCUGGGAGCCAGGAUAUGACAUCACGCCAGCCUCGGCAUCACUAAAGUGCAUGAGAACGACCAAAGCAAGUAAAGAUUGAAGAUCACAGCAGCUCCACUGGAUCCCAGUGAAAGCGCCCACCUCAGCUUUCCCAGAAGUAGGGAGCUGGGUGGAUGUAAAAAAAUUUGUGAGAGAAUGUAUGUCAGUGAGUGUGUCUGUUUAGGUGACUAGCUCCUAUCUGAUUGCAUGGGAAAAGUAUUUUGAAUUACUCUUCUUCCCAAACUGUGCCUGUCUCGCUUCAGCUGGCCCUAUCUCCAUGGUUGAGAUAAUCUUGAUCAUCACAGCCAAUCCAGUGCUUUCCCAUAGGAAAGCAUUGAGAGGCUUUUGUGCAUGCGUGUCAAAAUGCCAUGCUGCACCAAUCGGCAUCCCCUCAUAGAGAUGCAUUGAAUCAAUGCAAGGACAGUGUUUACAUUGGGAAACCUGCAUGGAGAGGCCAUAGAUACCAGAACCACUACACGCUGUAGUGGUUCUGGUGCUUACAUUGUCCCUUUUAAGAAUUGUAUUUUUGUCAUGGCGGAAAAAACCCUGGCUACUACCUUUUUAAGCUGGCUCCAGAUUCAAAGAAAGUUUGUCAAGCUUUAUGGACCUUGUUUUGUGCAUGGGUAACAGUCAUGCUGAAAUAGAAAAGAGCCUCCAAACUGUUCCCACAAAGUUGGAAGCAUAGCAUUAUCCAAAAUAUCUUGGUAUGCUGAAGCAUUAAGAUUUUCCUUCACUGGAAGCAAUGGGUCUAGCGCAACCCCUGAAAAACAACCCCAUACCGUUAUCCUUCCUCCACCAAACUUUACAGUUUGGACAAUGCAGUCCCAUGAUCUGCCAAACCCCAGCUCCCCCAUGAGACUGCCAAACGGAGAAGCUUGAUUCAUCGUUCCACACAACAUGUUUCUGCUGCUCCAGAGUCAAGUGGACAUGCUUUACACCACUUGAUACGACACUUGGCAUUGUACUUGGUGAUUUGGGGCUUGAAUGCAGCUGCUCAGCCAUGGAAACCCAUCCCAUUAAGCUCAUGCCACACAGUUUAUGUGCUGAUAUUAAUGCCAGUGAAAGCUUGGCACCCUUCAGCUAUGGAAUCAGCAGAGCAUUGGUGACUGUAUCAUUGGGCAUGUUGUAUAUCAGCCUUGCCAGACAGGGCCACCUCAUGCAUAGUGCAUUGUGAAGCCAUUGCUCUUUUCUGCCCACCUUCAUCUCGGAAGGUAGAAAUCUAAUAACUGAAGUAUAAGUCGCAGAAACUCCUGCUUUGAGCAGAGUUUACAAAGAAAAUAUAAAGUUGAAUUUUUAUAUGUUGCAUGCAAACAGUGGGCUAACUCCAACUUGGAGUAUUGAUUUAUUAUAGGAAGAAUUAGGCAUCUUCCUUGAGUGCUGACCUAAAAGUAGGUCUUCUGAAUCUACACGGAUUAGUGGGGAGUUAAGACUAUCUCCCCUGACUGAUGCAUUAUGUUCAUGUCAAGGGAGCUAACAGUAGCAACAAAUAACUUCCCUGGCUGUUUGUUUGACAGCCAGGAGGGUGUUGCGUUAUUUAAUAAAAGUGCCUUAUUAAUAAUUACUCCUCAACAGUAAAGCACUCUAGCAAGCUGAAGUGCUUUAUGGAUAUGGAGUGGUCCAUUAAAUUCUAAACUCCCUUUUAAUUUCAAUUCUAACUUUAGUAAAUAACCCUGUAAAUCAAACAAUAGGUGGAGAAGAUGGAAGACCAGGAAAUGAUUAGGGUUACAUGAAGACCCAGGAAAAUUACAAUUUAUAAGAAGGGAGGACACAAUGGCGAGGGAGCAGUGAGUGUAAGCUCUCCCUGCUCAGCUCCCCGCAGUGAUGCCGGGAGCCGGAAUAUGACGUCACUCCUGCUCCAGGCAUCACUGCGGCGCGCGAGGGAGAGCUUACACUCAUCAUUCCCUCACUGCCAGUCCGCCCCCCUGCCUGCCCAGCAGUCCCACUAGACCCCAGGUAAGAAAACAACCCAGUCUGUGUGUCUGUCAGUGUGUGUGUGUCUGUGAGUGAGCCUUUUGUGUGUGUGUUUCAAGGAGUAACGGGAGGAUCCACUUUUUUAAGGUGCGGAUGGGGCCAUUGGGGGUAUGCCAGAGGCCGGACUGGGAUUUAGUAGACAUGGUGGGGGAGGGGACUAUGAUUUAGUAGAGGAGGGGGGACUGGAAUUUAGUAGACCAGGUGAGGCUGGGGUUUAGUAGAAGGGGUGAAAAUUUACGUUUGUCUUUUUGCGGCUCACAUAAACUUUGUUUAUUUUGCCCUUGCUAGCCUUUGAGUUUGACAUGCUUGGUGUAAUGGACACAGGAAAGGAUGGAGACUGGGUAGAGAGGUACUUAGCAGAAUUCAAGAGACUGACGGUUGAGGGAGGGCAGUGUAUACAGAAGGGGAAGAGAAAAAGAAUGUGGACCUAGAUGGAAUAUUGUAAGAGGGAAAGGCAUGGGCAAUGAGAGAUGGUUUAGACUAGUUUUAAACAAAACCUAGAAGAAUAUAUAAAGAGACGCUGAUGGAAAGGAAGCCAAGUGCAAACAGUGGUGAUGCUGAUAAUUAUGAUAGAUCUAAUAGAAAAACACUAAAAGAUCCAUAUUUGCCAAGUGUCUUGUAUCUGGUAGAGGUGGUUUCGGAGUGAAAUUCAAAGGAUCCAUUCAUAAUGUUAAUCUUCCUUUUGUCUCUUUAAAAAAAAAAAAAAAGUUUAAUGAAGUGGUCUGGGUGCCAGGUCCAGCUAGGGUUAACCCAUUUUUUCAUAAACAUAGCAGUUUCAGAGAAACUGCUAUGUUUAUGAAUGGGUUAAGCCUUCUCAUUGACAGCCACUAGAGGCGCUUGCGUGCUUCUCACUGUGAUUUUCACAGUUGGAGCACGCAAGCGUCCAUAGGAAAGCAUUAUGAAUGCUUUCCUAUGUGACCGGCUGCGCGCGCAGCUCUUGCCGUGCGUGCGCAUUCAGCCGACGGGGAGGAGAGAAGGAGGAUCGGAGGCAGAGAGCUCCCCGCCCGGCGCUCGAAAAAGGUAAGUUUUAACCCCUUUCCCCUUUCCAGAGCUGGGCAGGAGGGGGUCCCUGAGGGUGGGGGCACCCUCAGGGCACUAUAGUGCCAGGAAAACGAGUGUUUUCCUGGCACUAUAGUGGUCCUUUAAACAUAAAACUAAAAAGGUUCUUACUUCCCUUUUUCCAGCUCCGUUUUUUUACUCUCCUCUAACUGGGACCUCACAGAGGAGGCAUGACUUUCUCCAAUCCAAUGUUCCUUAUAGAGUACAUGCAUUUAGGUCAGUAUUUUCUCUCCUCUGUCCACCCUUCUCAUAAUCAAUACUUUCUGCACAGCCUUAUCGAGCAAGAGCAUGUGAGGAGCAGUAAAAAAUAUAUUUUUUUUUUCUUUUUCCGCCCCCUCAAUGUUGUGAGAAAAGUACUGGUACAAAUGGGACGUAUGAGGGAAUGUUGAACUGAAAUGUUUCCUAAAGCAGGGAAACCCUUGCACCAGUCUUGUCUACUUCCUUUCCAUGUCUUUUCAUUGUCACUGGCCCCUUGCUUUUCACUUCUGAAUUAUUUAUUCAAAACCGGCCCCUCAAAGUACUAGCCUAAAGGCCAUUUCCACCCCAAUACUUUUAAGGAACUCUCCAAGCACCAUACCCACAACAGCAUCAGCUGAUCGAUCUCAGCCAAUGAGCCAAAGCCCUGCAUAUGCUUUGGAACUUUCAGCUCUCACCCCACCACCACUACCUCAGUGAAAGCUGAAAGUUCCAAAGCAUAUGCAGGGCUUUAGCUCAUUGGCUGAGAUCGAUCAUCUGGCAGAGCCCAGGUAAAAAGUCAAACUGUUUAAAAAAAUAAAUUAAAAAUAAUAAUAAAAAAAUGCAAAGAGGGGUACCUGGGCACUAAUGACACCAUCACAAAUACAGUGACCCUUGAGUAGUGUUUUAAUGCAGCCUCCCAUUUGACUAGGGCAGUCCCAUAAUAGUGAAUGCCCAGAUCCUUUCAUACUUAUUGUCCCAGUUUACUGUUUGCCCGGUUGGCAUAUAGGUCCAUAUUUCAUAUGUUUGAGACUGCUGGGGAAAAGUGUUUACCCGUAUGGCACAAUCACAUGCCAUAACUUCAUAUAUAAGCCUGGCAGGUACACACAGGUGCUGGGAAGAUGUAAAUACUAUGUAUGGGAGUGUACGGCUGUGUGUGCAUCUGGUAAUAUGUAACAUGCAUUAGCCUGUCUGAAGGUAGACAUCUGAAACAACCAUAAAACGUUGUGAAAUAAAAAAUAAAUAAAAACUUCUCCAAGGGACUAAAUCGCCAGAUCUACUUGUCAGUCAUGACUAUCUACUCGUCCUGACACACAAAAUUUAAAUUUGAAAGAUUGGAGCCCCUGCUUAGAGCCUUGGAUAUUGAGAGGUUUAUUCACAAAACUCUGAAUCUUCACAAAUUUAAUAUUAUUAAAGGAUCACUAUAGGGUCAGGAACACAAACAUGUAUUCCUGACCCUAUAGUGUUAAAACCACCAUCUGGUCUCCUCAUGCCUCCGUAGGUAUAGCAAAAUCUUACUGUAUUCAAGCCUGAAGCUAUAACUCUGCAUGCUGUUUGUCUCAGAAAAACAAGCUGUCUGCUCACAUAAUCAGAAGUGGUGGCCUGAUCAGUGCUUCUCCAUGGGAUUGGCUGAGACUGACAAGGAGGCAGAUCAGGGGCAGAGCCAGCAUGAUUCAAACACAGCCCUGGCCAAUCAGCAUCUCCUCAUAGAAAUGAAUCAAUGAAUCUCUGAGGAAAGUUCAGUGUCUGCACGCAGAAGGUGGAGACACUGAAUGUUUGGAUGCAUUUUAGGCAGCCAUGACCCAGGAAGGAUCUCUAACAGCCAUCUAAGGAGUGGCAGUGUAAGACAGGGCAUACAGCAAAAAGCCUCCAGGUAGUGAUUCUACUCACCAGAACAAAUUCAAUAAGCUUUAGUUAUUUUGGUGACUAUAGUGUCCCUUUGAAUGGAAAGAAUGAGGCAAAAACAGCUGAUAUGUAAAAUAUCUCCAGCUCUCUGCUAUAGUUACAACUUUAGGCCUCAAUUUUGGAUUACCAUUUUCAAUUAUGUAAUAUAUUGAAACAUGUUAACUUUUUUUUUUUUAUAUUGAUAUGAAUUUUAAUAUUUUGAAAAAGAAAAAUUAAGUUUAUUGAAAAAUAUAUUGAGCCCUUAAUUUGCAAACAUUUUGAAUUUAUUAAAUUACCUUAGCCUCAUUCUCUGCCCUCUCAUAGCUGAAACCUCUGUCUCCAGAUUAAGAGGUCCCCCAGAGGAAGGCUUAAAUGCCAAAACGUUGGGGUUUUCAUUUCUCCUGCUCUUGGUUAGUAUACCUUUUUUAUGUAAUCAGCACUUUAUUACUAUUGAGGUAUUGGUACUAUUGAUUUGGUAUGCAUUGUUCUAUGCACUUUUUUCUGUCCGUUACUUUUAUUGUAUGUAUUAAUCAAAGUUUUUUGUUUGUUUUUUUAUGUGCAAACCUUGGCGUGCCUUGGGUUCAUUACAAUAUCUAUUAUGUAUUUAAAGAUGAUACUCGAAAAAUUAGAAUAUCGUGCAAAAGACAAUUUAUUUCAGUAAUGCAACGUAAAAUGGGGAACUAAUAUAUGAGAUAGACGCAUUACAUGCAAAGCAAAAUGGUUCAAGCUGUGAUUUGUCAUAAGUGUGAUGUCCUUUUUGAGAUUAGACAGAACCAUAUGCGAUGGGUUAAUACUUUUGGGAGCCUUAAAUGGGGAAAGAGAGUUACCGGGCGUGACAGCUGAGCCCGCAGAAUCAGGAAUAGCAGGCCGUGCAAGCACAUUGGAGGAACAGACUGCUUCUAAUUUUGCGAGUCUAUCACUUAUUAGUCCAAUAGAAGACAUCAACGAGGUCAUCAUAGCAUGAAGAGCAUACAUCUGGGUCCCACUAGGCCUUUCCCCUGCAUCCGCAUGUCGGUGUUGGUAUUGAGCAGUCUGAAUAACUCCGCUUUUCUGGCAGUAGCUGGGAAAGGAAUGCAUCUUCUAUGUGUGUCUGCUGUGAGACGUGGAAUAGUCUGAUCUAAGAGAAGAUGGACUAGUCACAUCAACUCCGUGGGCAGGGGUACAGGACCUAGUGGGGGUGCUAGGAACAGUUCUUCAGGUACUUCAGGAACUUGAGACAUACUGAGAUGAGAUAUAUAUAUAUAUAUAUAUAUAUAUAUAUAUAUAUCUAUUUGUGUGUAUACAGUUGCAAGGAAAAGUAUGUGAACCCUUUGGAAUGAUAUGGAUUUCUGCACAAAUUGGUCAUAAAAUGUGAUCUGAUCAUCAUCUAAGUCACAACAAUAGACAAUCACAGUCUGCUUAAACUAAUAACACACAAAGAAUGAAAUGUUGCCAUGUUUUUAUUGAACACACCAUGUAAACAUUCACAGUGCAGGUGGAAAAAGUAUGUGAACCCUUGGAUUUAAUAACUGGUUGAACCUCCUUUGGCAGCAAUAACUUCAACCAAACGUUUCCUGUAGUUGCAGAUCAGAUGUGCACAACGGUCAGGAGUAAUUCUUGACCAUUCCUCUUUACAGAACUGUUUCAGUUCAGCAAUAUUCUUGGGAUGUCUGGUGUGAAUCGCUUUCUUGAGGUCAUGCCACAGCAUUUCAAUCGGGUUGAGGUCAGGACUCUGACUGGACCACUUCAGAAGGCGUAUUUUCUUCUGUUUAAGCCAUUCUGUUGUUGAUUUACUUCUAUGCUUUGGGUCAUUGUCCUGUUGCAACACCAAUCUUCUGUUGAGCUUCAGCUGUUAGACAGAUGGCCUUAAGUUCUCCUGCAAAAUGUCUUGAUAAACUUGGGAAUUUUUCCUUCGAUGAUAGCAAUCUGUCCAGACCCUGACACGGCAAAGCAGCCCCAAACCAUGAUGCCCCCACCACCAUACUUCACAGUUGGGAUGAGGUUUUGAUGUUGGUGUGCUGUGCCUUUUUUUUUUUUCGCCACACCUAGUGUUGUUUGUUUCUUCCAAACAACUCAACUUUGGUUUCAUCUGUCCACAGAAUAUUUUGCCAGUACUGCUGUGGAACAUCCAGGUGUGUGUGUGUGUGUGUGUGUGUGUGUGUGUAUAUUUAUAUAUAUAUAUAUAUAUAUAUAUAUAUAUAUAUAUAUAUAUAUAUAUAUAUAUAUAUAUAUAUAUAUAUAUAUAUAUAUGUAUAUAUAUAUAUAUAUGUAUAUAUAUAUGUAUGUAUAUGUAGAAAGGCCAUUAGGCCUGAAUUUGUGGGAGGAGUAAGUCCCCUACUUAAACUCCCAGCCCCUACUCACCGCUGCCGCUCAGCUGAUUGUCCUCAUAGCAACCAGCACUUCCGGUCCAGCUUCCCGCCAGAACUGUACCUGUUUCCAGCAGUCAGACGUCCUGGUCAAUCCUCCGUCCGUUCGAGGUCCUUUCACUCGGUUUUUCCCCGGUCUAGGUACCCGACUUCCGGUCACGAGACCGGCACGUUCACGUAAGCUAGGCGAGGGAAUUAGUGUUCGCUAUUCCCUGCCGUUUGGGCCUAAAUACGUAGGGGUAGGCUCUCUCUAUCGCAUUUACACUAAUACAUGCUCUUCGUAUAAAGUUUCCGUUCGCGCCAAAACGCACGAAUGUUCGGCUCAUUUUACUAUCGUUUAAACAUAUUCGUACGGAAACUACCGAAUCUAUAUUUAAAGUAUUAAGCUCAUUAUUAUCUGUAUUCCCUUUUUCCGUUCGGUCACUCAGUACCAACCUAUUUCGUACGGUUAAUACACGAACACCAUCUUACUAAUCCAUAUUCGGCUAUAUUUCUAUUCUAACAAGCUAAAGUAUGCACAAGUUCUAAUCACACGAAUUCUACUACAUUUUUCGUAUAUUCCUUGUUCGGUCAGAUUAUUACUAAUACCUUCACAUCAGUAUGGGGUCAUACUUUCUGGUUUAACUACCAGCCUUGUUUUUCCUACCUAUGCUAACCGAUUAACGUAUUUUACUGUAAUAAACAUACUGUUUUAACCAUGGUAUAUACCUUCAUACGUGACUAAUACAAGCAAUACCAUUUUUUUAACACUCAGAUAUGUCAUUUAAACACUACUUGCCAGAAAUACCCAUUACACCAACAUCCGUACUAUUCCUUUCACAUAAAUCACGCUGUCACAUAUUUUGGCUUUUACAGAUUGCAUCAGUCUCUUGCUUUUCUGCGCUAAAGUUGUUAUUUCAAGGUCCUUUAUUACAGGAACAGGUAUUGUAUCUUAUCACUUUGAGUUAUCAGGUUUUAUCACUUACCUUCACAUGUCGCUAAAUAUGGAAAUUGUCUUUGGUUAAACCCUUAGAUCCUGUAUUAUUCUAAGCUUCCACCGAUUCUACGCAGUUAACCUGCCACGCUUAAACGUAAUCUCUGUACUUCAAAACCAAGGUAUAGUUCACUCUCUUUUCCAUACUAGACCUCACGCGGUCUCAAUUCCAUUUCUACCUUUCCUCAGGCUUACGCCCACGAUACGUUAUCUCUUUACUACUUGUCUACACAGACAUUCGGUCGUACGGCCAUCAGGCUCAGAAAACACCAAAACCUGACCCGGUACUCAGUCAUACCUUCAGGUACUUACGUCCUUACUCAAGUACAUCCAUUCGCUACCCCAAGGCCUCAUUCUGCCUUAUCACAAUAUCUAAAAUCAUCCCAUUCUUACACCUAACCUUCCAGAUCCCUCAAUGCAGGAUCUCACGUUGCGCCCCUAACAAACCUACUCCCAAUACUAAUCAUACGACAUCACGAUACGCAUAAAUACAUCAACAUCUGUCUUAAACCCUCAGGAUUCUUCCUCAAAGACAGCAUUAAGACAAGACUCUCUACACUUAUUACCAUCAGGAGGCUCCAGAUACCAUUUGUGACCAGUCAAGGUUAGUAUCCACACACCACUCCAGUCCUCUCACUUUACCCUUAAGCAUACAAUCGAACUGGCUAUAGGGCACAGGCUAAUGCCUUAGCCCACCCUAUCAGGAAAUCCGAUCCCGCGAGGCCUAUCACCCCCACCCCACCUCAACACGGAGGUACGGCCCCACGCCCAAACCAUACUUAUAAGCCUCGCAUGCCCUACUACAGGGCUCUAGUUAGGGCCUCACCUGUCACAGCCACAUGUUUUGAUUUCUCUUAUCGUCACCGAGAGGCCAACAUCCCGCCACCACGUCUGUGGCACCUACGUCAUAAGCCAAAUCAUAGGUAGAGCCUCUCACCGCCACUUGGCAUUAGCAGGGCCUCACCUAUCCAGUCAUUCAACAGUUAAGUUUUUCGCCUCGGCAUCUAGCAUUACAGUCCAGUUCUUCCAGAUACACCACCCCCCAUACCCCUCCUACUUACCUCACUCCCCCUCUAAUAUAUCUUUCACAUAAUCAUUCCUUUUUAGAAUGUCCCAAGAACCAAUUCCAACCGAAGAAUUGACAGAAGAAACACCAUUCACGCCAAUCAGACCCGUGUCUCCAGGCGAAUCACUCACUCUUUCAACCCCCACGUCCUUGAGAGCAUGGACUAUUCCCAAAAUCACGGCCGAGCUUAGGCUCAGGGGAAUCCCCUUUCCGGCCACAGCUAGAAAGGCAGAACUUUACAGGCUGCUUACCCACCAAGCCCCCGAGCCUAGGCCUGGAACUAGCUCUCAAGGACAACCCCCAAGAAACAGCACGGCCACCCAGGAUACCCUGGCAGAUAUCUUGGCCAAUCUACAGACCCUCAAUAGCAGGCUAUCUAAGGUGGAGAGCGCCAUCUCCUCCUCAGGUACUAACACCAAAGUCCCAGUCUCUACCACGGCUGUACCUGCUAUACCAACAUGCCCCCCUAUACUCCCCCCUCCAGCACCUGGCACAGCCAUCACACCAUUCGAGUCACCAGCACACUCCGUCCCAGACUCUAUCAGGAAAGAUAUCCUAGACGGGAAGGAUGUGUGUCUGGUGUCUUUACUCAUAGCCUCUCAGGAUAUACUCGAGAACAAGGCAUACAACUAUGGUGACAUUUCAGUUGUGCUCAAAACGAGGGAUCCCAGGCUCAAUAAAAAAUUGUCUUUCCCCCAGUUCGUGAUAGCUUUCGGGAUAUACCGCGAUGUCAUUUGCACGGUGUAUCCCCACAGGAGAGAAGAGCUAGAUCUCUAUCUCCACAAGGUAGUGGAUCUAGGCAUCAAGUACGGGGGCUCUUCCUUCUAUGACUACCACAAGUCAGUUUCAGCGAAGGCGGCGACCCAUCUCAAGCAGUUCAACAUUAGAAUGAACUGGGGUCAGAUGGACACAGAACUUUUCUGUCGCCACUUCGCUGGACUCAGGCCCCCGGCUUGUGCCAUUUGUAAUUCUACAUCCCACAUGGCGGACUUAUGUCCCAUCGAAUCAGAUCCCACCACCUCCACUCCCACCCCUCACCCCACGUUCUCACCUCACUCCACUUUCACCCCUCACAACAAGCCAGCGGGUGGUGUCACGAACGCACCCUACUCUAAGAGUGUGCGUGACGUAGUUGUGGUGGUGAAAGGGUUAAAGUACACUAUUUGUCUGCACUAGACUGGAAAUAAUGACAAAAUCCCCCUUUACCACCACCCACACUUAAACAUAAUAAUAUAACUAUUACUACUUUAACGCUGCCACCACCAAGACAAUUUAUAAAUGGGGUGCCUUGGUCCCCCAGGUAAAUCAAUAAUAAAACCCACCAAAUAUUACUUAGUACAAUAUUUAAGGAAUUAUAAAAAUACUAACUAGUCUCUUCAGGUAACGUGAUUCUUAACCAGACAAAGGCAAAACUUAAUAAAUGAAUGUUUAUUAUGAGCAAAAGAUAGUCACAGUGCAUAUAAAAAUAUAUGAUAAACAAAUUAUUUACACCAACAACAGAUAAAAACAAAAAGGAUAAAAUACAGAAGUCCUAAUUACUCACUUAGGUUUUCAAAGUACAACUUCUGUCCAGGGGGUCUCUGGCAAGGAAAGAUGGUGACUCACCCAAAAUUAGAUCUUGGCCCCAAGCAAGUACACCAACACCCUUCAGGAUCAUUAGAUAUAUACCCUGUGGUUUAUCAAGUCUUGCCCAGGGGUGGAGUUAAGGCAUACCUACAGAAAUAAUAACUGACCACCUCCUUUGUUCCAGACCACUGUCAAUCCAAAUGGAAACAUUUGACUCUAUCUUCUUUUUUGUACCUGCCACAGAAAUAAUAAUUGCAUCUACAAAUUUAUUAUUUUCCCAUUCCAUAGACAUGUUGCACGUCCCACCCACGAUCCAAUAGGACGGACAUCACAAUUCCUUUCCCUAGGGUCAAGUUAGGCCACUCAUGUUUGGACUUGGUUAGAAGAUGGCGCUUGUCACAUUCCAAAUAUAACAAAAAUGAGGCUUAAUUAUUAUUCUGUGGGGUAAAUAUGAAUGUUUUUGUCCUUCCUUUGGAUAUGAUACUAGAACAAAGCUAAUGGCAUUUACAUAUCAAAGAGAUUUACUCAUCACUUACAAGGUACAGGCCAAAUGGAUGAAGAGACAUUCAGACUUUUUCCAAGUGUAGAACCUCACACCUUGCAGACUUCACAUCCAUAUAGUAAAAUCCUUUUCACAUUCCUAUGCCAUUCACACUACCCCUUCUGUCAUCUGCCCUCUGUGGGGGUCCCAGCUUCAAAAGAUGUAACCCCUGUUGACCUCAGCAAUAGCAUCUCUAUAAUUUGUGCCAUUUACUACAAGAAAUCACAUUAAAAGAUGAUAUUCCAUAGUGUCAUAAUAAAUUAUACACCCUUGCCGUGACAGGUAGUCUUCGGGAUAAGCUGGGUAGGCCCAUCUCCUUUUUAGGUAAGGCGCGGGUGUGCAAUAAUUUCAACGCAGGCUCCUGCAGUUUCAGCGCCUGUAGAUUAUUGCACAUCUGCUCCAUAUGUUUCAGGGCACAUACCAAGACCAUGUGUCCAGCCAGGUUGUCACCAAACAAAUGACUAACCGACAUAAAUAUGGACAACCUGGUUUUUUAUCUAAGGUCUCACCCCAGCAGGCACUUGGUGGAUUUUCUCACCACAGGUUUCUCACAGGGGUUUCACACAGGCAUAGUAGCCAUUCCCCCAGGUACACUAGAAUGUCCUAAUCUCCAGUCAGCAUGUUUAGACCCAGUCGCUAUAGACACUCUCAUUUACUCAGAAACCACUAACGGUUUCAUGAUCGGACCCUUCACCUCUUCACCGUUUUCCUCCUGGCGCACUAACCCUAUUGGAAUUGCUAUUCACAAAUAUUCUAAUAAAAAACGUCUUAUCGAUUUAUCGGCACCGCACUCCUCUUUUGUUCCAAGCAUAAACGCACUCAUUCCAGCAGACGAAUUCUCACUUCAGUAUGUUACCAUCGACGACGCCAUACAGUCCAUCAUAUCAUCUGGUAAUCGACCCUGGCUCAGCAAAAAAGACAUCACAAACGCGUUUAAAUUACUGCCCAUACACCCCUCACUCUGGCACUUACACAGUGUUAAAUGGCGAGGGAAUUAUUACUUCUCAACACACAUAUACAUACACACGUUGCGUUGAAAUUAUUGCACACCCGCGCCUUACCUAAAAAGGAGAUGGGCCUACCCAGCUUAUCCCGAAGACCACCUGUCACGGCAAGGGUGUAUAAUUUAUUAUGACACUAUGGAAUAUCAUCUUUUAAUGUGAUUUCUUGUAGUAAAUGGCACAAAUUACAGAGAUGCUAUUGCUGAGGUCAACAGGGGUUACAUCUUUUGAAGCUGGGACCCCCACAGAGGGCAGAUGACAGAAGUGUGAAUGGCAUAGGAAUGUGAAAAGGAUUUUACUAUAUGGAUGUGAAGUCUGCAAGGUGUGAGGUUCUACACUUGGAAAAAGUCUGAAUGUCUCGUGUGUGUGUGUGUGUAUGUAUAUAUGUGUGUGUGUGUGUGUAUAUGUAUUAAGGCAAUUUGCCUGCAUUUGUGGGAGGUGCUGGUUUGCUACCCCUAGCCUACUUAAGGCACUCCCCUUGCCUGGCUCCUUACCGUUCGAGGUCAGCGUUGAAUGAGGAUCCACUUCCGGGUUCUCUCAGACGCCAUCUUGGUUUCAGUAUCCAGGAGGUUUCACCACGUUAAGCUGUGUCCAGGAAUCCUGUUCAGGCCUUUCCACCCGUCCAGCUUCUUCUGACUCCGAUCUCCAUCGUAGAUCGCGUCCCAGGGACUCCUAAACCGUAAGUCAGACCUUCCUGUCACGCCAGGACUGGUUCCCAUGGCGUACGGUACAGCACGGGUCCUCGCUUUAUGGCUUUUUCCGUGGUUAUGACACGAAUGUUUUAAGCCAUUUGCGGGCUUUUUCAUUCGUACGGUCAUUCGGCUGAACAUAUUUAAUCGUUCAAUAGUCAUUUUGCAUAUCCUAUUUCAUGUUAUUGAAACGAAUUAUCAUUCAGUUUUUUUGCCGUUCGGCAAAUUUUGACAUACGCUCAUACACGCUUUUGGUUCGCAUAAGUCAUACGGUUAAACUAUUCUAACUUCUGUGUUCCCCUGUGUGUUCACGUAUAAUCCUUUCAUGAAUUAUAUUCACCAUUUCAUGUGUAUAUAACGUUCGGUUAAAGAAUUGCUUGCUUAAAUAGAUUAUUUUGAUUACUUUUAAAUAUUGUCCGUAUUGUAUUACGUCCACAAAUCAAGUCCACUUCUCUGUAUAUACCAUUUGACUCCCACGCUUUCAGGGGUCUGCAUUACUUAUCCAUUUAUACAAAUGGACUCAGCCUAUGUUACAAGCCUCACUUCUGGGUUAUUAAUACAACACAUACAAAGGAUAUAGGUUAAUUUAAGCAAUAAUUCUCGGGUUGAUACGUCUUUUCUAUACAAAUAUAUCAUAUAGAUAUACAUCACUUUACAUCAUUUUAAAUCAUUUUGGGGUAUCCCUGCCUUUGGUUAUUCUGCUACAUAUCAUACAUAACGCUGUGCAACUUUCUGCCACCUACACCUUAAACUGUCGCACAACACCAUUAAACUUUACCUCACCGGGGUUCAGCACCACAGCCUCACCAAUUUUCCUAACCGCACUCCUUUUUUGUCAUCAUACCCCAUUAAAAAGGUCUUGAAAGGUAUAUCAAAGGUUUCACCUCCACUCGCAAGCACUAGAUUACCUAUAGACGGGCCUAUCUUCAGGUCACUUAGCAAUCUCCUUGAGACAGCCCCAUUCGAUAGCAACACCAAUACGGUGAUCAAAUCUGCUAUAUAUCUCGCUUUCUAUGGUUUUCUCAGACCUAGAGAGUUCGCCAUGGUUUGUCAAGGGGAUAUCGCGCUAAGCCUUAAAACGUCACACCUCACCAAGAUAGAGGAUCACUACCUACUUUCUAUCCCUACCACUAAAACCAACCGGUCACUACACCCUACAAUAAUUCCUCUCUUCCCUACUGAUAAUGCCUGGUGUCCGGUGAAAGUUCUAGACCACCUACGGUCAACUCUUCACGCUCACCUGGCAGACUCUCCGCUCUUAACAUUACAAGGGCACCCGCUUACCACGGCAAAAUUGAUGUUACAUGUCAGAACCCUGUUAUCUAAGCUCGGACACAACCCGGCUGCAUUCUCUGGGCACUCCUUCCGUAUAGGAGCUGCCUCAGCAGCCCCUAGCACAAACGCACCGGUCCACAUCAUCAAAAGGCUGGGGCAAUGGAAAUCCUCCAUAUAUAAUGCAUAUAUUCCGCAACCGGAGAAAGAGCUUCGCCAAGCUUUCAGGAACUUGGUCUUGUAAGAUGCAAUAAAGUGUGUAUUUUCUCGAAUUUAUCUUUUGCCCUCUUUUAUUUACAGGCCCACUCGUACGUUGGUUUCGGCACUCCACAGCCAACUUUGCUCACAGAUACUAUCCAUUACGUAUUUAAAUUCUGAGCACAAGUAGAAAGGCCAUUAGCCCUGAAUUUGUGGGAGAUGUAAGUCCCCUACUUAAACUCCCAGCCCCUACUCACCGCUGCCGCUCAACUGAUUGUCCCCACCCACCUACACCCUGUUUUAACUACAUUCUCCUUGGUGGGCCCUCUUUUAUUUACAGGCCCACUCGUACGUUGGUUUCGGCACACCACAACCAACUUUGCUCACAGAUACUAUCCAUUACUUAUUUAAAUUCCGAGCACAAAUAUAUAUAUGUGUGUGUGUGUGUGUGUAUGUAUGUAUAUAUAUAUAUAUAUAUAAUAUAUAUAUAUUGUGUGUGUGUGUGUGUGUGUGUAUAUAUAUAUAUAUACACACACACACACAUUAUGUGUGUGUGUGUGUAUAUGUAUUAAGGCAAUUUGCCUGCAUUUGUGGGAGGUGCUGGUUUGCUACCCCUAGCCUACUUAAGGCACUCCCCUUACCUGGCUCCUUACCGUUCGAGGUCAGCGUUGAAUGAGGAUCCACUUCCGGGUUCUCUCAGACGCCAUCUUGGUUUCAGUAUCCAGGAGGUUUCACCACGUUAAGCUGUGUCCAGGAAUCCUGUUCAGGCCUUUCCACCCGUCCAGCUUCUUCUGACUCCGAUCUCCAUCGUAGAUCGCGUCCCAGGGACUCCUAAACCGUAAGUCAGACCUUCCUGUCACGCCAGGACUGGUUCCCACGGCGUACGGUACAGCACGGGUCCUCGCUUUACGGCUUUUUCCGUGGUUAUGACACGAAUGUUUUAAGCCAUUUGCGGGCUUUUUCAUUCGUACGGUCAUUCGGCUGAACAUAUUUAAUCGUUCAAUAGUCAUUUUGCAUAUCCUAUUUCAUGUUAUUGAAACGAAUUAUCAUUCAGUUUUUUUGCCGUUCGGCAAAUUUUGACAUACGCUCAUACACGCUUUUGGUUCGCAUAAGUCAUACGGUUAAACUAUUCUAACUUCUGUGUUCCCCUGUGUGUUCACGUAUAAUCCUUUCAUGAAUUAUAUUCACCAUUUCACGUUCGGUUAAAGAAUUGCUUGCUUAAAUAGAUUAUUUUGAUUACUUUUAAAUAUUGUCCGUAUUGUAUUACGUCCACAAAUCAAGUCCACUUCUCUGUAUAUACCAUUUGACUCCCACGCUUUCAGGGGUCUGCAUUACUUAUCCAUUUAUACAAAUGGACUCAGCCUAUGUUACAAGCCUCACUUCUGGGUUAUUAAUACAACACAUACAAAGGAUAUAGGUUCAUUUAAGCAAUAAUUCUCGGGUUGAUACGUCUUUUCUAUACAAAUAUAUCAUAUAGAUAUACAUCACUUUACAUCAUUUUAAAUCAUUUUGGGGUAUCCCUGCCUUUGGUUAUUCUGCUACAUAUCAUACAUAACGCUGUGUUAAUUAGGCCAUGACCUCAUCCAUGUCCCUUUCUAUAAAACCAGUUACAUUUCGGUACAGAUCAUUGAACUCCCACGCCAGGAGUUUUAUAACUAUCCAUUUCAUUUCAAUUCACUCAGCCUAUAUUACAGGCCUCAUUUCUCUGUCAUGACGAUGACACAUAAGGCUUAAAUCCUUUUUAUGCAUACUCGGGUUGAAUCACACGUACUGAUCCAACCAAUCAUACGUCCCCUGCACAGUCAUAUACAUAUGUAUAUAACCUACGUUUCAUGUUUUCCUUUACACACCAUUAUCACGUAACACAUAGAUUGUUUGUACAUAGGCCACGGCCUCCCUCAGAUGUCUUAUUCAAGCAUGCAAACAUUUCUGAGCCACUCAUAGCUAUUCCCAUGGUAUCAACAUAAUUUUAUACAUUGCUGCUACAGACUAUAAGUCUGUUUCUUUUCACACUCCACACUCAUCAUACUACUCUCUUUUACCCAUUUUUAGGCUGUCAAGCUUAUAUAAUUGCUCCACACGGUUUAUUCCUGUGAUUUGUCAUACUACCAGGUACGUACACCUGCUCAUAUGGUAUUCUACCAUACAUUUCAUUUCAUCCCCCUAGUUUAGAGUACUGGCAAUAGGGUCACAGGAUUCCCAAUAGGUAUUUACCCCGUCUUGGCUGUCGCCAUCAGUUAGUGGUCCCGCGAGGCCAACACCCCGCCUCAAACGUUUCGGAGGCAAACACCCAUCGGGCCACACGUUAGCUAGCCGCCUCGCAUGUUGCAAAGAGAGGGCCUCACCUGUCACUCCCUUCCCCUGUUUUCUGUCGUACAGUCACCGAGAGGCCUAAAACUCCUGCCACUACGUCAAGUGGCCUCAAUAACCCCUCGCGCCAACGCAUAGAUAGAGCCUCUCAAGCCGCUUGGCAAUUAGCAGGGCCUCACCUGUCACCAAACAAGUAUAAUACUUUCGCCAUCCGGCCUAGCUAGCCUGCCAGUACAAUUUGGUGGUUCUAUAUACUAAUUAUUGUUUUAUUUAUAGUAUGUCUCAGGAAGGGGUAGAGGAUUUCUCCCUGCCUAGCACCCCGGCUAGAGCUGUCACUCCCACACAAGGAGAGCUAGCUAGUUCAGCAUCAAUUAGAUCAUGGACAAUCCCGCGCAUAACCACGGAAUUAAGGAGACGACAAAUCCCCUACCCCGCUACAGCAAGGAAGGCAGAACUUUUCAAACUGCUACGCACAUCAACUAAUAACAUGGAAGCCGGGGAAGGAUCUAGCCAGUCCAACCCAGGGGACAUACAUGCCAUGUUAUCCUCACUCAUGGCAUCCAUGGGCAAGGUCAACUCCAGGCUGGAGAAACUUGAGUCGGUCACCACGGCCCUCACUCUAGCAGGGCCACCCGCGGCUGCGGUACAAACACCAGCCUUGCCAUUAGUCGCUCCAGCCAGCACCCUGGAUGACCAGGAAGUUAGCCCGGCCCACAUGAUACCUGAGCAUAUCAAAAGGGAUAUCCUGGAAGGUAAAGACGUCAACCUGGCUUCCCUGUUGAUUGCCUCCCAGGACAUUGUGGAACAUAAGACGUAUGCUUAUGAUGAUGUUUCUGUUAUUGUCAGAUCUAGGGAUGCCCGCCUGAACAGGAAACUGACUAUCCCUGAAUUUGUACUAGCGUUUGGUAUUUACAGGGAUGUCAUCUGUGCGGUUUAUCCCAACAGAAGAGAGGAGUUUGAUCUCUAUAUGCACAAGCUGGUAGACCUGGGCAACAAAUAUGGUGGUUCAGCAUUCUAUGACUACCAUAGGUCUUUUUCUGCAAAAGUGGCUGGAGCCUUCUCCCAGUACGGUACACGAUCCAACUGGGGAAGGAUUGAUACCGUCUUAUUUUGCAGACACUUUGCAGGUCUAAGAACACCAGCUUGUGCAUACUGCUCCUCCACAGCCCAUACUACUAAUUUUUGUCCCAACACGGCAGACGGACAUGCCUCCACACAAGGAACUAGUUCCUCUGGGGAUCCAGGGAAACUAUCCAAAGACAAAUUGGGACGCCUAAUCAAGUUUCUGGGCAAGUCCCAGAUAUGUAAUAAUUUCAAUGUUGGGUCUUGUAAUUACAGUGGAUGUAGACUAUUGCAUGUCUGUUCAAAAUGUUUUAGGGCACAUGCAAAGACCAUGUGUCCAAAUAAAAUGUAUUCCAAGCCUUACCUUACGUCCAUUAAUAUGCCAGUAUUCACAGCAUUGAUGUCUCAGCACCCAUCUAGACACCUGGUAGAUUUUCUUAUUUCUGGUUUAACAGAAGGCUUCCACACAGGUAUCCUACACAUACCAGCUGGAACUCUGGAAUGCCCUAACCUACAAUCCGCCCAACACAACCCAACAGUGGUUGACACCCUCAUAGACCAAGAAGUGGAUGAGGGCUUUGUAUUGGGGCCUUUUAGAACUCCUCCAUUCACAGAAUGGCGCACCAACCCUAUUGGAAUUGUCACAGGGAAAUCUUCCCAAAAACAGAGACUCAUCAUUGACUUAUCGGCUCCCCACUCAUCGGCCAACCCCAGUCUUAAUUCCCUCAUACCCUCUGAGGAACUCUCUCUGCAAUACACCACCAUAGAUCACGCCAUUACAGCUAUCAUACAAGCAGGGGUUGGAGCCUGGCUCAGUAAGACCGACAUUACUAACGCCUUCAAAUUACUCCCUAUCCACCCCACACUGUGGCACCUGCAUGGCAUCAAGUGGUCCGGGAACUACUAUUUUUUCUCCCGGUUAACUUUUGGGUCCAAAAGUAGCCCAGCUAUUUUCGACACAUUUGCCGAAGCAUUAUGCUGGUUACUAUUGAACAUAGCCGGAUGCCCUACGGUAUUACAUUACUUGGAUGAUUUCCUACUGGUCGAGGAGAAUACUGCACCUCCCACUAGCCUCAAAGCUACCACUAAGCUGUUUGAGCAACUAGGUGUACCCAUCUCCCCAAAGCAAACAGAAGGGCCGGACACGGUUAUCACUUUUCUGGGUAUCCAAUUAGACUCUGCCACAAUGCAAGCAAGCCUACCAUACGAUAAGAUAGAGAAUAUUCUCACUUACAUAAACAACUACCUACAGCUCGGCACUUGCAACCGCAAAGAACUACAGUCCCUGCUGGGGUCACUAAAUUUUGCGAUGCGCAUCAUACCUCAAGGCCGCUCCUUUAUUUCACGACUAUUGCAUCUUUUCCCACUUUUUCUACAUGACACGCACAGGUUGUCCUUAGAUGCCCAAGCUACGGCAGAUCUAAACAUGUGGAAGAGAUUUUUAACCACUUGGAAUGGUAAAAGUAUGUUCCUCCCUCAAUUGACUGAAUCAUCUCCUACCAUUUGGUCAGAUGCGGCAUCUACCACUGGUUUUGCAGCAAUUUUUGGGAACGAAUGGCUUUGGGGCAGCUGGCCUUCAGCAGUUCUGGAUUUGGAAGGUUUUUCCACUACCUCAGCUCUUUUUGAGAUCUACCCCAUAGUGGCGGCUGCCGUAGCGUGGGGUCAUUUAUGGGCUAAUACGCCAGUGCGUUGUUACUCAGACAACCAGGCGACCUGUCACAUCAUCAACAAAGGUCGUUCCAAAUCUCUUACGAUUAUGAGAUUUCUGAGGAAACUCACUUGGUUGGCAGCUUGUCAUAAUUUCUUCCUAUGUUGUUUCCAUGUGCCAGGUGUAUAUAACACAGCUGCUGACAGUUUGUCUCGCUUUAAAUUUCAGGAGUUUCAUCAAGCACUCCCGUCAGCAGCACCCACAGCCACCAUCACUCCAACAUUUCAACAACUCAUACUGGACUAGACGUCAUCAUGCAGCAUAGCAGGACAUUGUCCCAGUUGGCACUUUCAAACAAUACAAACAAAACAUACAGCAGGGCUUUCACACUAUUCAAACGAUUCCUUCUGGAACAUAACAUCAUACAACCGUUUGUUAUGACAUCUUUUUUGGGGUUUGCUUCCUUUUGCCACCUUAAACUCAAAAUGUCAUACAACACCAUCAAACUCUAUCUCACUGGCAUUCAACACCACAUGCUCAUCUUACACCCAAAUAACAACAGUUUCAUGGCCUCUCACCAAAUUAAGACCAUACUCAGAGGUAUUCAAAAAUCAGAACCCACACAUUUGGCCCAGAGGCUACCCAUAGAUAACCAUAUCUUCAAAGCAUUAUCUAACCUACUCGACCUAAAACCGUUUGACACUAAUACGAAUUCUAUCAUCAAAACAGCAAUAUACAUCGCUUUCUAUGGAUUUCUACGACCCAGAGAAUUCACUACGACCUCCACGACCCAAACCAUUCCAUUCCUCCUCUAUUCCCACUUGACAAAACAUAUGGAUCAUUACUUCCUGUCUUUACCUCACUCCAAAACCAGCCAGCACAUACCUGUAAACAUUCCGUACUAUCCCACGCACAACAGAUGGUUUCCCGUCAAGGUUCUUGAUGCCUACAUACAGCACCAUCACUUACUGCCCUCGCAACCGUUAUUACAACUACAAGGUGCAGUACUCACCACUACAACCUUCAUGACCUACGUCAGGUCCUUGCUCACACAACUGGGCCUCAACGCAAACAAUUACUCAGGACACUCCUUUCGUAUAGGAGCCGCGUCCACAGCCUCCAGUGUCAACAUCCCAACUCGUUAUCAAAACACUGGGGUGCUAGAAGUCAUCCGCUUACUCACGGUACAUACCGAACCCAGUACAAGAAUUAAGGGAUGCUUUCAUAAACAUGUCUGGUUGAUAAAUGUAUAUGUAUUGGUUGUCUGUUAAUAAAUUUGAUUACUUAAUUUUUGCCCUCUUCUUUCUCAGGCCUACCUCAUCGUCGGUUUCGGCACACCACAACCGACUUGCUCCUUUUAUCAUCCUUCGCUUAUUCAUGGUAUUUCACACUGUACUAUCUUAAGCACCUAACACAAGUAUUAAGGCAAUUUGCCUGCAUUUGUGGGAGGUGCUGGUUUUCUACCCCUAGCCUACUUAAGGCACUCCCCUUGCCUGGCUCCUUACCGUUCGAGGUCAGCGUUGAAUGACCCUCCCACCACACCACUUUUAACAUUUAUUUCCUUUCUAUUUCUUUUCCUGGGUGGGCCCUCUUCUUUCUCAGGCCUACCUCAUCGUCGGUUUCGGCACACCACAACCGACUUGCUCCUUUUAUCAUCCUACGCUUAUUCAUGGUAUUUCACACUGUACUAUCUUAAGCACCUAACACAAAUAUAAAUAUAUAUAUAUGUAUAUGUAUGUAUAUGUAUAUGUGUGUGUGUGUGUAUGUUUAUAUAUAUAUAUAUAUAUAUAUAUAUAUAUAAUGUGUGUGUUAUGCAUGGGGUUAUUGCAUGUUUUGGGGUCCCUGUGAUGUGUUUUAUGAAACUGUAUUUCUCUGUCUGUGAUAAUUAGAUUACCCAUUGUGUAAGGUAAUUGUAUUACAGGCAGAGGGGAGGAUUUUGUGUGGGAGUGUCUGUGUGUAUUGUACAGAUUGAUUGGUUGUUCUGUAAAACCCUGUGGGCAGUACUAUGUUUGUGGAUUGGGAAUAAGAGGCUGUAUGUGCCAGUACAGUGAGUUCCUGUUUAACCCUCAAAGUGAAGUGUCGUCUCAUUAUUGGGGGAAGGAUUCAUUGUAUGCUGUUCCAGUUUGACUGCUAGGAGAGUAAACCUAUUCGUAUGGUUCCUAUUCAACUGUCUACAGCAUUCAUAUGCUUGGGAGAAUUUAUUUGUUUCUCCGGUUCGGUGAUUGUGGUGUCUGCCAGAGUGCUUGGAGUCCUCAGGAAGCGCUAGGAGCAUCCUUCAACGGAGGUACCCAGUCGGGGUGCCAGGUGAUCCGUUACAGUAUAUAUAUGUGUGUGUGUGUGUGUGUGUGUGUGUGUGUGUGUGUGUGUGUGUGUGUGUAUAUAUAUAUAUAUGUGUAUAUAUAUAUGUAUAUGUGUGUGUAUGUAUGUAUGUAUGUAUAUAUACAUACAUACAUACACAUACACACACAUAUAUAUAAAUAUAUAUGUGUGUGUGUAUAUAUAUAUAUGUGUAUGUGUAUAUGUGUGUGUGUGUGUGUAUAUAUAUAUAUAUAUAUAUAUACAUAUAUGUGUGUGUGUGUGUGUGUGUGUGUAUAUAUAUGUAUUUGUGUGUAUAUAUGUAUGUGUGUGUGUAUAUGUGUGUGUAUAUAAUGCAGUGUGCGUAAACUGGGUGAGGGGAUUUUAAUUUUUUUAUUGUAAUAUUUUAUUAUUUUAAUAUUUGUAUUUUUUUUUUUUAUGGUUUUUUUUUGUCCCCCCUCCCUUGUUGCCUGGCCAGGGAGGGGGGACAAAAAACAUUUAAAAAAAAAUUGCAAAUAUUAAAAUAAUAAUAUAAUAAUAAAAUAUUGUUAUUAAAAUAUAAUAUUAAAAUAAUAUUACUAUAUUAUUAUUUUAAUAUUUGCAUUAUUUUUUUUUAAAUGUUUUUUUUUUGUUCCCCCUCCCUGGCCAGGCAACAAGCUAUUUUUUUUUUAUUUUUUAAAUAAUGCAAAUAUUACAAUAAUAAUAUAAUAAUAAAAUGUUAUUAUUUUAAUAUUAUAUUAUUUUAAUAAUAUUAUUAAAAUAAUAAUAUUGAAUCCCUGGUGGUCCAGUGGCAUUGGCAGUUCAGUGGGGGGGCUGGCAGUGAGCUCUUACCUACCUUCCUGCAGCUCCUGUCAGCUCCCUCCUCCUCCGUGCAGCUCCUUUGUCAGCUCCGUUCCGUUUACAGUGUAAGUCUUGCGAGACUUACACUGUGAGCAGAACGGAGCUGACAGAGGAGCUGCACGGAGGAGGAGGGAGCUGACAGGAGCUGCAGGAAGGUAAGUAAGAGCUCACUGCCAGCCCCCAACAGGACCGCCGGGCUUGUAAUGAGCCCGGCGGUCCUGGUCUGUAUUAUGGCAAUGUAAGUUGCCAUAAUACAGACUGACUCGAGUAUAAGCCGAGUGGGGGUUUUUCAGCACAAAAAAUGUGCUGAAAAACUUGGCUUAUACUCGAGUAUAUACGGUAUGUAUGUGUGUGUGUGUGUGUGUGUGUGUGUGUGUGUGUGUGUGUGUAUAUAUAGAUGUAAAAAACAGAUACUAUUCUUAUCUUGCAAUACCUUUUUUAUUGGACUAACAGAAUUUUUUAAUGACAAGCUUUAGGGAGAACCUCCCUUUCUCAAGUCUGAAGCAUUUCUGAGCAAAACACAUAGAAUUCAAAGUUGAGUUGUGAUACAGGGGUUAAAGCGACAUGAGUGUAGAUAAGACACAGGUUUGUUAGAAAAUAGACACCAUCUUAGCAGAGGGUCAUAAAUAUCUUGUUGAAGAGCAGAGUGAGGGGGGAGAGAGGGAAAAGAAAAACAAGCAGACAGUGCACAGGAUGGUACACUUUAUACAUGCACACACACAAAUAUGUAUACGUGAACGCAUAAACACAUGUACAUAUACAUAAACGCAUAUACAUACAUGCACUACAACAAUAAAACCUACAGCAUUAAAGGUUCAUACUCCUGCACAUCCAGCAAUGUGGUAUACAUGAUUCAAUGCAUAAAAUGCCACCUAGGAUGCUACAUUGGGGAAACCACCCAGCCAUUAAAUGGCAGAAUGAAUAUGCACAGACACUCUAUUAAACACCACAAAGAAGAAUCAUACUGCACUCCUGUGGGACACCACUUUACCCAGCCUAGCCACUCACUGAAGGACCUAAAAAUCAAAGUACUGAAAGGGGUUUUUAAAAAUACCCAGGAAAGAAAAGCCUUUGAAGCCAGAAUGAUUAAAUGGUUUAACAGCAAGAAUAGAGGACUAAAUAUUGAUUUGGGAUUCCUAUCCCACUACCAACACUUUACAUGAACACUCUCCCAGCAUUAUCUUACUAUUCUGUCAUAUGUACCAACACUUUAAAAUGCAUUCCUAUAUGUUUAUUCUAUCUAUAUACAAAGUACUAUGUGUAGACCUAUGCUUUCCCAUACUCGUAUGCAUGAAUGCUUAUAUAGUGGAAAAUUUAUUCAUACUUACCGUAAUUUUCUUUUCCUGGCUAUUAUUCAUGGCAGCAUAUACACAUGGGUUAGUUCCUCCCCUGCAGCCGAUAGGACAGGAAAUCCACCAAGGUUUUAAAAGGAAGCUCCAUCCCUAAGGUCCUCAGUCAGUUUACAAGCUCUACAGUACAUAAAUAGAGACAUUAAUGGGAGGGAAGUAUAUGCUGCCAUGAAUAAUAGCCAGGAAAAGAAAAUUACGGUAAGUAUGAAUACAUUUUCCACUUUCCUGGCUAAUCAUGGCAGCAUAUACACAUGGGGAAUACCCAAGCUUACAAAGGGAGGGACAGAAUAGCCAAUCAAAUUAUCAGAAUAAUUCAACAUAGAUAGAAGAAUGAACUGAGUUAAGUACUUGAGUACCAAAUUGUGCAUCAUAGACUGUUUUAACGAACAGUAUGAAAUGCCAGACAAACGUGUCUAAAGGAGGUUCAAAUGCUAGCUUACAAAAAGUGUCAGCAGAAACCAUUGCCAUGGCAACCCAUGAUGCUGCAACAGCAUGAGAGGAGAGUGCCCUGAUACCUUCCAGCACAGGUAGAGAACGGACGUGACGUCCAAAUUGUGCCUCAUUAAUUGCUUCAAUGUCCAAUAUGUAAUGCAGGACAAACUAGUUCAAAGAGGUCAAAAUGCCAACUUUACAAAGUUUCAGCAGAGACCAUUUCCAUGGAAGCCCACGAGAUGCUGUAACAGCACUAGUGGAGAAUGCCCCAAAUCCUUUGCUACAGGUAGAGAAUGGCAUUGAAAGGCUCUCACUUUGGGCACGAUCACUGGUGCUACAUGCAAGACAAGCAUAUCCUGUUGAAAUUCAGUGAAUGGGGCUACACAGGAUCAAGCCUGGAGUUCACCCAUUUCCCUUGCUGGGGUACCAGCCACCAGCACUUUCUGUGCUACCACCAUGGAAGCUCCUUCUAGAGGUUCGAAUAAUGGUUCAGUCAGGGCCCGUGAGACCAGUGGUACAUCAUAUAUUGGCUUCACCACACUCAGUGGAGGCAUGAUUUCAAUCAAUGCCUAUAUGAAGCAAAGUGCCGCAAGUGCACACAUUCACCCUGCUGAGGUACCAGUCACCAGCAACAGCAACGUCUGGGCUAACAUCAUGGAAGCUCUUGAUAGAAGUACAGUCAGAGUCUGUGAGACCAGUGGUACGUCACGUAUUGGUUUCAACACCCUCAGCGGAGGCUUGAGUUCAAUUGUUGCUUACAUGAAGCAAAGCACCAGGGGCAUCAACGCUCAAUCGGUACCCUUCAGUACAGGUAGAGAAUGACAUGGAUAAGCAUUCACCAUAGACAGGAUCUUCAGGUGCCAAAUGCAAGACGACCAUAUCUGUUGAAAAGUAGUGAAAGGGGGUUCACAGGAUCAAGCCUGGAGUUCACCCAUUUUUCUUGCUGGGGUACCAGCCACCAGCACUUUCUGUGCUACCACCAUGGAAGCUCCUUCUAGAGGUUCGAAUAAUGGUUCAGUCAGGGCUCGUGUCACCAUUGGUACAUCACAUAUUGGCUUCACCACACUCAGUGGAGGCAUGAUUUCAAUCAAUGCCUAUAUGAAGCAAAGUGCAGCUAAGUGUUCCUCUAGAGUGUUCUAACACAGAACCUUUCAAGGCCUGAACGAAGAGUAAUUCCAACAGACAAAAGCAUAUCAAGCUUAGUAAAGCCUGUAUAGGAUUGUAAGAGGAUCUCAAUGACCGUCUCAGGGAUGCCUAUACUAAUAUGGACUCCCGCAUCAAUACCAGAACUUGAGGAUCCUGGUGUGUCAUGGGGCCUUGUAAUAGGUCUGGACGUACAGGAAUUUCCCUUGGAGGUUCCAGAAUCAUCUUAUUCAUCAUAGGAAUUAGAGUCGACACGGUCUUCCACUGUCACCUUUUACAUUGCCUUUUUAAGAAGGUCGAAAACAGGAAAAUAUGUACAUCAAACUAAAAUUCUAAAUUUGAGCCAGUGUAUCCUGAACCUGAGCAUUCUGGUCCUAGCAUGUAAAAAAUACUUCUGGACCUGGUAGUUCCAAGAAAUGGCCAUCAGACAAUCUGCAUCAACCACGAGGAUCCGUCAGGACAUGGUUGCCAAUCCACCUUGUCCACAGUUCUUCGGCUCCAGCAAACAGCCAUGGUAUUCUGAGCCACUGGUUGUUCUUCUGUGCCCUGAUCAUUAUGGGCUGGAAUUCCAUCAAUACGUAUCUGUGAGACCCAUCUUGGUAGAUAUAGGAUACAGUUGCAUUGAAAUUUGAGCAAAUUUGGACCCACUCUGAAGUGAAGAAGAGCCUAGAAAAUAACUCUUAAUUCCAUACAAAUGAAUGGAAAUAUUGUGCAACAUGGUCCAAACACUGUGCAACCAAUCUUAUAAAAACUGGACUUCGAGCUAAUAAUUGACCAAUGAGGUUCUGUUCACUGGAAACUCAGAGAUCCAAUCCCUCUUUCAGCUGCCAGGGUAAGGUGCAACUCCAAUGAUAGGGACAUAGUAAGUGGCUGGCUCUAAUAAUCUCUCUCUUGUUAGACCAAGAUAGGAAGGAUCUGUAAGGAAUCCAGAGAUGCCAUUGGGCCCCUCUGACAAGUCUGCUGGUGGAAGCCCGGAUUCCUAGUAGUUGCAUCUAUUUUCUUGCUGUUACCAAGCAGAAAUGAAGAAACUGGGAGAGAAAACCUUUACAAUCUGUGGAACUGUUCCUGAGAUAGGGAAAAGCAGAGCCUAGAAUUUUCCACUCAGGAAUGUCAAUCACUGAGCUGGUUUGAAACUGCUUUUCUUGAUAUUUAUCAAGCAGCCAAACUUUAGAAAGAACUAUAUACCUAUGAACUAUAUACCUAUGUGUGCCUGCCUUCUGAGGGUCUAAGGCUAUCACAAGUAGAUCCUACAGAUAAUGGAAGCAGGUGGAGUUCUGGACUCUCAAUAACACUAUAAGCACAUAGAAAGAUUCUUGGGUCCACAUUGAGGCCAAAUGGUAGGGCACUAACAUGGAAGUUCUCUUCUGAGCUAAUGCCGAAGAUCUCUGCAGAUUGGACUGAAAGUAAGCAUCCUUGAGAUAUAUAGAGGUAAGGAAAUUAUCCUUCCAGAUUGCUUGAGAUAUGGAUCUGAUUGACUCCAUCCUGAAGACUAACAUUCAGCCUCUUGUUGGCCCCUCUUAGGUCCAGUGUAGGCUUUCAUGUGCUUUUCCUCUUAGCACCAGAAGAGAGGUCGAAACUUGUCCCUGGAACUGCUCUUGUUCUGGGACCUAAAAAAAAUCACCUCUUCGUCCAGAAGGCUUCUUCCUUCAGUGCUUUACCUUUUGAUUCAUUGGUCUUAAUACUCCUAUUGGUAUGGAGACUCCCGUGCCCGUUACGAAAAACUCCAGUCAAUAUCAAUCUGGGCCAUGGAUAAGACUCAAGCCUCCAGAGUAUGACAAGCCCAGGUAUGUGGGAUCAGAAAAAUGAGGCUCCUAGUAAUGGAGGAGAUAUGUUCGUUGCUGAAGAGCAAAACAACUGUGUUAUAGCUCCAUUAGUUACCUCUGGAGUAUUCCAUGCAGGGCCAGUAGCUCCAUAUCUCAGACAUACUGGUCACUGGAGGUUCUCCGGUCAGACUAUGAGGAGCUGGGAUCCUUGGAACUUCCAUCCUAAGGUACCAAUAUUUUGCAGCCCUCAUUCACCUUUUCAAUGGAAUUAUCCAAAGUUUUCCCAAACAGCACCACCCCUUCAAAUAGAAUGGUGUAGAGGGCAGACUUGGAGGAUGAGUCAUCAUCCCAGAAACAGAACCAUAAUGCUUUCUUAGCUGCUAUAGAUAAAGCCAUUUGAUCCACAGAAUAUCCUAGAUACAUCUAGGGAAGUUUCUGUGAAGAAGUCAGUUGCAACCUGAAGACUUCAGACUGUCUCUUCAAUCUUGGCUUUUAAUAUCUCUCUCCAUAGUAGCCUUUAGAUCUUUAAUCACAUAUUUCAUGUUUGUAGAAACUGCAGCAGAAAUCACAGCUGGCUGGCCUCCUGCAAUGGUAGGCAUAAAAUUUUGGAUAGGUCUGCGUCCACCUAUGAUCCAUAAGUGUGCAACUUAGGUGGUGUAGUUCUGGGGUUGGAAAUAACUUCCUCCACAGGGUAAAGCCUGGCCUCUUUUCUUACCCCUAAGGCCUCUGGAACUUACUUUGUAAGCCCUGCCCGCAUGUCAUGUGGCUGCACAGUGAUAGGUCAUGCUGAAGCGACCACCUUCUGGAGGCAGUCAGUGCAUAACCGAUUCCUUCCACUGUAUUCUCCUCAUAUCCAGAUCCUGGUGAAGAAUCAGACACCUGACAAAUAAUAAUAACUAAAUCUUACCUGUGGUAAAGUAUUAAGAAAAAAUGCGCACUGUUAAAUUCUAUAAGAAACCAGCGAAACAGCUUUAAAACAGGCUGAAGACAGCACUUAUCCAUGUCUGGAGACCCUGCAAAUACUUACCAAAUAAGUAUGGUAUGUUUACUGUAAUUUUCCCUUUAUUUUAGGAACUUUCUGGCAAUUGCCCUUAUCCAAGAUGGCUGCCACAACUUGUAUUCCCACAAUGCAAGUCAUCUGUAUUAGGCCCAAUAAGGCACAAACUGCACACAUGUGGGCCUAUUCUGAGUGUGUUUGCUAUUAGAGACCAGGGAGAGGUCUCUGUCUGAAGCCAACAUGGCCCCUAAACACCCAGGGAACCGGGAAUAAAUCACUGGGACCGAGGGGAAGCAACAUAGAUAACAAAAGUGCCUGCAAGGAAGUUUAACCCCUUAAGGACCAAACUUCUGGAAUAAAAGGGAAUCAUGACAUGUCACACAUGUCAUGUGUCCUUAAGGGGUUAAAAGGAAACCAGAAGCAAAAAAUCAAUUUUAAAGGCACCACAGUCUAAAGGCCGCAAGGUAUAAAAGGUAACGGUUUCCAAAAUGUAUCACAGUUUCCAAAAUGUAUCACAGUUUCCAAAAUGUAUCACAGUUUUCAAACAAACUGCAGUCUUCAAAAGCACUGCAGUCUUCAAUGACUUGCGGUAUUACAUGCAACUUUAAAUUAAAACAGUUUUAAAUGCAACACAGCUUAAUGCUUCCUAGUAAAAGCACAACCGCAUUAUGUACCACAAUCUUAAAAAUAAGGUACAGCUGUAUAAUGCACUAGUUUAACCUCUUAAGGACACCUGACAUGUGUGACAUGUCAUGGUUCCCUUUUUAUUCCACAAGUUUGGUCCUUAAGGGGUUAAAGAUAUCAAAGCUUAAAUGCAUCACAGCAUAAAAGCACAACUGCAUAAUGUACAACAGUAAAACAGCAAAUAAAGUAAUGACGAUAAAACAACAUACAUGUCCGUAAGUAAAGGGAGCAAAUUGCUCACGUCCUAAGGGCUGUAGGACAGGAAAAAGACUGAGGACCUUAGGGAUGGAGCCUCCUUUUAAAACCUUAGGUUUUCCUGUCCUAUCGGCUGUAGGGGAGGAGCUAACCCAUGUGUAUAUGCUGCCAUGAUUAGCCAGGAGAUAUAUAUAUAUAUAUUACUGUGCAUUUAUAUUUGUGUAUAUGAGUUCAUGUGCAUGUAUGUAUAUGUACAUGUGUUUAUGCGUUCACAUAUACAUAUUUAUGUGUGUGUGUGCAUGUAUAAAGUGUACCAUCCUCUGCACUGUCUGCUUGUUUGUUUUUCUUCUCCCUCUCUCUCCCCUCACUCUGCUCUUCAGAAAGAUAUUUAUGACUCUCUGCAAAAAUGGUGUCUAUUUUUGUACAAACCUGUGUCUUAUCUACACUCAUGUCGCUUUAACCCCUGUAUCACAACUCAGCUUUGAAUUCUAUGUGUCGUCUUGCUCAGAAAUGCUUCUGACUUGAUAAAGGGCGGUCCUCCCGAAAGUUGUCAUUAAAAAAAUUCUGUUCGUCCAAUAAAAAAGGUAUUACAAGAUACAAAUUCUAUCUGUUUUUUUCUUUCUCUCUCUCUCUCUCUCUCUCUCUCUCUCUCUCUCUCUAUAUCUAUAUCUAUAUCUAUAUCUAUAUAUAUAUAUAUAUAUAUAUUUUUUUUUUUUUCUUUUUUUUUCUAAAUGCACACCUAUGUUUAGACUGUUCAGAUUAUCAAAGGCAUUAAUGAAAAUGAAAAAUAUGUGACUAAUACCAAAGGAAUGGCAAUCCAAUUUUGGGUAUCACUGAGUUAACUAGUGUAACAAUGUUGGAACUCCGAUCCUCCUGCACCAUCCUUUAAUCACCCCUCCUUGUUCACACCCAUUUCUUCCUAAACCCUCCUAUGACAUAUUACUGUGAUUCCUCUUUUUGUUUUUGCACUAGUAACUCCAGACUCUCUAACAUCAUAGAGUAAGCAACUAGUCAGGUAAGGAUGUGUCACUUUGUCCUUGUGAGAUUAGAAGAAACAAGUAUGUAACUAGCUGGAGGACAGAAGGGAGUGAGAAAGAUGAAUUAGCCUGUGACAUACAAAGUUUUAUUGGAAUUUUAAUUUUUAUUAUUUUUUUAUAAAUAGUGAGAUUUUGAAAAUUACACAACAUAAGUACUGUAGUAUUAUGAAGCUCAUGAAGAAAAAUAAAGGGAAAGAAAAGGUAGUGGGAGAAAUGAUAGGAAAGAAAACGUGCAGGGUUAAAAAUGCCAGUGUGUAUGUGUCAUGAAAUAGCAUGGUGAGGUUUGGAAUUGCUCUAGCGGUAGUUAACUGAAAAGGUGAAUUGAGGUAAAAAUUGGAGUGUUGGUACAAUGAGAGAUUAGUGCAAUGCAAAGAUGGCAAUUGUAAGAGGAUGUACACAUUUGAAGAUGUACACAUUAGAAGCUUGGAUAUUACAAAAAAUUGCUGAUUCAAGACUGGGAUGAAGAUAAAGUAUGUGCGAAGGGGCUGGCUAAAAGAUAAAUGUACAAAGAUUAAGAAUUAGGCAUGACAAGAUAAGGAAACAGCCAAACAUACUUCAGCUGCAAUUAUUUCCGUGAUUGAGAUGAGCCAGCAAGUUUUGUCUGACAAAUCAAUAAAAGUGGUGAAUUGAAACCUAAACUGCGAACAUUUGCAAGUGGUUUUCUAUUUUUAUUUAUUUAUUUAUUUUUACAAUUUUCUACUUUUUUAAAAGCCAUGUCUAGAUUUAAAGGCACCACACCUUAUAAAGUUCCUUUUAUUAGUCCGUGAUUAGAGAAUGCAGCCUAUAGAGUUAUUUAUUAAAAUGUCAUAUGUCAGACGUUUUAAAGUGAAUUCAAAUAUAUUUUUUUUCAAAUCUUAAUCCAAAAUAGCUGUUAAACAUUGCUGUCUUGUAGAAUUAUUGUUUGUCAGCUAUUUUAGCCUGAAUUUUUUUUAUUCACUUAGAAAAUUUGAGUAACUUGAGUGAAUACCCUGUCUAAAAAAAAUACCCCUCUGUUUUUUCAAGAUUCUAGUCUAGGUUAUAAUCGACCGUUACAGCUCUUCUGAUUUUUGCAGUUUUAGUCUACCACCUGUGCAAGUACUAUAUAACAAGUUAAGAAAAUUUUGUCUGCACUAUGCCAUGUUUAUUUAAAUUAUUUUUAUAAUAUAUUAUUAUUAUAGUUGUCAACUAUUUAUUUUUGCAAUCCCAUAAAUAUGCAGGAUAGUCAAUCAGUAUUUAUGGGAAUGUGUCAGAUGUUGUUGUCCAUUUUGUUUUUGCCUUUUUUCUAGUGGGUUGGGGAACGUGCAUCUUUAUUACCAAAACAUUAACAUUUAUGUGCUUUAUGCUUAACGAUGUGAAGCUGUGCUCGUUCUAACAAUGAUGAAUACAGCAAUUGUAAAAUUAUUUCUUACUUGGACAGAAUUCUAUGUGUCCUUAUGAUGAGCGUGUUGACACUGAACGUGAAGACCGUUGAUUAUCAAAUGUCUUUAUGAAGAAUCACCUCUAAAAAAGUGUCAGCCUGACAGCCCCCAGAGGUGACGCUUCAGACAAAGAUAAUUAUUUCUAUUCAUCAUGAAAGGACAAUGUCUUACAUUGUCAAAACAAGACCUUGUUUAUGCAAUAAAAACCAUGUCAUAAAAUAAGGUUCAACGUGAUUUUAAAAAUUGGAUUUGUUUUUUAAAAAUAAAUCUUUGAUUUUAAUCAGUUUUCUUAUAUGGUAAAGAAUGUAGAAUGCAUUAAGUUUACUGCCAAAGAUGGGGAAUUACUGUUAUUUAUGCCCUUAAAAUGUAGUUCCAGGUGCCAGGCAGGCAUUAAAUUUUUUUUUUUAAUACUUAUUUUAUUUGCGCAGAGAUAAACAACUAAGUGGUUCAAUUAAGUGGUCUGGGUGCCAGGUCCAUCUAGGAUUAACCCUGCCUGCUGUGAACAUAGCACUUUCAAAGAAACUGUUAUGUUUACAUAUGGGUUAAUCCAGCCUUUAGUGGCUGUCUCAUUGUGAGGCGCUUCCUAUGUGCCAGCGUCCAUAGGAAAGCAUUGAGAAUGCUUUCCUAUGGACUGACUGAAUGCGUGUGCGGGUCUUGCCACACAUGCGCAUUCAGCCGAUGACGUCCAAAGGAGGAGGAGAGUCCCCCGGUGCUGGAGAAAGGUAAGUGUUUAACCCCCUUCCUCCAACUACAGCCCGGCGGGAGGGGGGCCAUGAGGGUGGGGGCACCCCCAGGGCACUAUAGUGCCAGGAAAACGAGUUUGUUUUCCUGGCACUAUAGUGGUCCUUUAAACAUGCAGACUAGCACUGCCAUAUCAGCUGGUGCACACCAAUUUUUAAACAUAUGAUUACAGUAGUAUGACAUCAACAUUGCACUUUUUGUGUAUUAUGGAAGGAAACCGGAUUAACUUGUAUGCCCACAUGUCACAGCGAUAAACUGUAAAUACUGCUCGGUGUGAUGGGAAGCAUAUCGGUGUGAGGCUUUCGGAUGAUAAGAACCACUGGGUCACAUUAUUAAAGGACCACUAUAGGCACCCAGACCACAUCAGCUUAAUGAAGUGGUCUGGGUGCCAGGACCAUCUUGCUGUAAACAUAGCAGUUUCAGAGAAACUGCUAUGUUUACAUUAGGGUUAAGCAUUGAGAAAUGCUUUCCUAUGGACUGACUGCGUGCGGCUCUUGCCGUGCAUGCGCAUUCAGCCGAUGAGUCGGAAGAGGGAGGAGAGUUCCCCGGCGCUGGAGAAAGGUAAGUGUUUAACCCCUUCCUACCCCUAGAGCCCGGCGGGAGUGGGACCUUGAGGGUGGGCGGGACCUAUUAACCCUAUAGUGCCAGGAAAACGAGUUUGUUUUCCUGGCACUAUAGUGGUCCUUUAAGUAAACACAAACAACUAACCAAGCUUAGACUAACCCCUGUGGAAGAUUGAGACUUGCAAGGGCAAAUUUAAAACAAAAGGGCACAAUGCAAGGUGAAAUAAUAGUAGCUUAUGAAGUUGUAUGGAAGCAUGUUGUGCCAGAGGAUUAUACUGGUUAUGAAUAAUGAGAAAGUAAAUGAGCUUCUAGCCAUGCUUAUAAAUACACAAAUAGGAGAGAAACUGAUAAUUAAUCUAAUUAACCAAGCUGAUCAGGUCUAUAUAGGUAACGAGGGUUACUGUAAGCCUCAUUGCUGCAACUGCUUAUAGGCAAGAUGCCAUAUGUGUGCUAUAGAGCUACCCUUGAGAGUGAGCAAUCUGCUAGCCGAUACCCUGGUCUGGGAUGCAUAAGACAGGUAAACAUAUAGUCCGGGGGGUGAUGACACCUUGGGUGUGAUGUGAGGCCCUUCUCCUGCCCCAGGCCAGAUUCAAGACCAACAUAGUUGUGCCACUGGCUUGGGAGUCCAAAGAGACCAAGUCCAGCCCCAGAGAGGGGAAACAGAAGGCUUUGAUGUUGCUGUAUCGCUGGUGGCGGUAGGACCUCUGCCUAUGUCGGUGAUGUCGCGGGGUCUUGCCCCUUUUGGCUCUUGGCCUGAAUGGGCUGAUAAUUGUAGCUGGUUUAGCUGGGGUAACUUGUUUGCCUGCAUAAUUCUCCCCCAUCAGCCGGGCCCUUGCUCUCCCGAACCUCCAUCUAACGAGGAGAUGACGUGGCCGUCUGACGUGCCUCCAAGGCAGCCCAGAAAUUAUCUGUGAGCUCCUCCAGUUGCUGCCAUGUUUGCUCCGUUAAACUGUGUGGCUUUCUCUCAUGCUCACACGGGGUAAGUAUAGUCGCCAACUAGUGCAGCUGUGGCUUGUACUGGGCUAGUGCAGGCAGAGAAAAGUUUGCCGCUAUGAGUUGCCAGCUAGUGGAGACCAGGAUAGCCCUGGAAACAGGACCCAAACCGCUGCUGCGUCUUCUUGCUAUCGAACAGGGAUGUCAGCCAUCACUUCCACUCAGGUCUCGCUAGGCCAUAAUGUUACUUGGUCUGUUCUCCGGUCCUCCAGGGCACACUGUUGCGCCGGUAAGUAUCUGUUAGCUUUUCUGCAUCUCGAAGCUGAUAAAUCCAUGGUGAGCUUAUUUAUAGUCUAAUUAAUGGAAAUUCCGUAGGGAGCUCACCAGCCGCAUGUCUACUGAAUACGGCGGUCAUGCAGUUUUUGGGAGGGACAGGGAGUGUGUGGCAUAUACCACCAGCAGGUACAAAACACAGUAAUUGCUCCCUCAUGGGAUUCCUAGCAUGCUCUGAUUCACUGAGUGGCAGGACAGCAUGGGACCAAAUGCUCACUUACUAGACCACCAGCUACCAAGGCAUUUAAACUAGCAAAUGUUCAUAGAUAUUAUUUUGUAUGUAAAGGUUGUAAUUUGCGUGUCAAGCUUUUAGAAAGCCUUUAGAUGGCUAACAAAUUUUAUAGUUGUAUAUCUAUUGAUGAGCCAUAGGUGAAACGCACGUCAUGGGUAUUGACAGACACACCGUUGGAAGCUACCUAACUCCACAUGUAACUACUGGCAAUCUAACUUAAACUUUGCAACUAUUUGAGUUGACAAUAAUCAUCACGUUUUCAGAGUACAUUCUGGCACACGGAAAUUGACCACGAAUGUUCUUUCCACUACCGUAAUUCCUGUUGCAAUUAUUUUUAAGCGAUAACCAAAUACUUAAAGGGACUCUCCAACAAUCCGUUUUCCUGGCACUGCAGGUCCCCUCUCCCUCCCACCACCCAUCCUCGGUUGCUGAAGGGGUGAAAACCCCUUCAGUGACUUACCUGAGACCCCCUCCAAUGUCCCUCGGCGGUGGUUUUGGGUCGCCGCCGCUCCUCCCCUUCCUCACGUCAGCCGGCAGGGGAGACUGAUCCCUCCCGCCGGCUGAGGAGACCUAAUGCGCAUGUGCGUUAAUGCCGCGCAUGCGCAUUAGAGCUCUCCAUAGGAAAGCAUUGAAAAUGCUUUUCAAUGCUUUCUUAUGGGGAAUUGAGUGACGCCUCAGAAAACCUGUGCUAUGAAGCAGGAAGUGGCCUCUAGUCGCUGUUUAGUAGACAGCCACUAGGGGAGGACUUAACCCUGCAAGAUAAUUAUUGCAGUUUAUGAAAACUGCAAUAAUUACAGUUGCAGGGUUAAGGGUAGUGGGAGUUGGUACCCAGACCACUUCAAUGGGCAGAAGUGGUCUGGGUGCCUGAAGUGUCCCUUUAAGUUGGGGGUUGGUGGGACCUAGCCGAGACUACCCAGAGACAGGCAUUUGUUUAGGGGUGCCCUCGAGGGCACAGAUUAGCAACUGUGAGCAUUAUCAACAUAUUUACUUUAUUGAUUUAAGUGUGAGACUUUAAACAAUAAUAGUUUUCUUGACACUGAAACUGUUCUCAUUUACAAUAUUGGCUUUAGUGUUACUAAUUCAGUAAUUUAAAGAGUCAUACUAUAACAGACACAAUUUAUCAACCGACAUUGUAUCAAAAUAAUAGCUGGCACACUUGGAAACUGGAUCCCUUCCAAAUGCCUAUUAUAUUUUGUUUCCCGUGGCUCUAGAGUGUUACUGAAUGUUUUAUAGUGUUGCUUCAUUUAAUCCUUUCAGUCACUGUCAGACUUAAUCAAUACCAUAAUAUCAAAUCCUGACUGAUUGAGAGACAGCCUUACCAGCGAGGUACUGAGUUCAUGGAAUUGCUGUUCCAUUUAAACUCUCUUUAGUUCUGCGUGAUUUGAUUCAAAACCAUAUCGUAAAAUUAAGGCAGACUAAAAAGUAUACUCACUCGCACUGUUUCGAUACCAAGGCUCCACAGCAAAGCACAGAGAGUGUGAUAAACUCACCUGCUCAGUAUCCAAGCCUGAUAGAUGUUGUGACAGACACGGAGGGUUUUGCAACAUCGAUAUAGUUAACUUUGGUUUUUCCAGAUUUGAUUAUUACCAUAUAAUCAAAGUUAGGCAGACUAAGAGAUUAAUUUACCCGCUCAGUAACUAUGCUGACUCUGCUCUAAGACGAAGUCUAAUAUAAUCGUAGUUCAGUAGUUUCCACUAAUUUCCAGUAGGUGGAGUCUCUGACUAAGAUGUAAUCUAUUUUUAAUGUUAAAUCGGUGGAAUAAUUCAUGACAACUCACUGGUGUAGUAGGAAUUUCUUUUAUCAAUUUAUAUAAUAAAGGUUAUGUUUUAUACUAAUUUAAAUAAUAAACCUUUUUUGGUUUAUAUUUCCACUCUUUUGGGACCAUCUGGAAUCUGUUCCCUUUCCCUCCCUACACUCCUGUGUUAAAAAUCUUCCUUUUAUAUAUAUUUAUUGCAGCAUUUUUAUUUGUGUUGGUAGGCAUAAAUAGUCUCACCCAUGUAAAACAUAAACUCCUUUUUCAGGAUUGUUUUUUAGAAUUCUAACAUUCUUUGAAAGCUAUAGGAACGCAAUAUGGCUUAUAUAUGCAGAUACUGUGUGUUCUGUGGUUUGUCCCCCCCACUUUCAAACACAUUACCAUGCACAGCCAGCAAACCUGACGUCAUGAUGGACAAGUAGAGUGGGCUGCUGCUUUAGUCAUUUGGACAAUUGGAUUUUUGAAAACAGUCCAAACAAUCCACAAACUUCAUGUACGUACACACGCAUAACACACAGACACAGCCAGCAUUCAUUACACACUACAUACAGUCAGCAAACAUCACACACCCAUUGCACAUAGCCAGCAAACCACAUCCACCGGGAUGCAUACAUAAUUAUUGGACUAUAUAAUAUUGCUAUUAAAUGUGAUUUGUGUUGUCUGACACAUUUGGAAGGAAUUGUGAGUCCACAGUAUUGGGUCAGAAGCAGGAAGUGUGACUUAUAUAUGACAUUUAUAAAUUGUAACAAAUUCAUAGACUCAAUAAUUAUUUCUGUGGCAAGCACAAAGCAGAAAAUAAUAGCAGUUUUGUCAUUUGUCUCAAACCCUAUGGAAACGACAUUUACAGCUCCUAUAGGCAGUGGCGUACUAAGGGAGGGGGAGGCGGGGGCGGUCUGCCACUCACUAGGGGGGUGUCCAGGGCACACUUUCACAGGGGCUGCAUUUCGUGAGAACAGAGGACCCUGCUGCUGGAUGGGAAACUAGCAUGGAGAGUUCUGGGCCCCUCUUUACUGCCCAUCUAUGCUGUGCCACCGGACCACCAGGAAAUGUAGUGUGUGUCCCCUCCCUCGACACAGAUAAGAAUGGAGGGGGAGGACCCAGGUAAGAAUAGAGGAGGACGGGACGGACAGGUGUCAGGAAAGAACAAUACACACUGCUCACCUUCCCAGCACUUAUUCCACACAACACCCACACUGCAUCUGCAUACACUACACACAUACAAUACACAUAAGCUACAUACACUAUACCAGGGGUAGGCAACCUUUUAGCAGCACUGUGCCGAAAUAAGAUUGUGAUGUCCCGUAGCGUGCCGGUCCUAUUUGUUUUAAAUUGAAGUGUGCAUGUUGCUGUAUUCUGCUUGUGUUAUUUAUACUGCAGUUGCUUUGUAUGGUUGUAUUUGUGCGUAUAUGAGCUAUUAUAUUGUAUAUGUUCUUGAGUAGUUUGUGGUAUUGUGUACCUAUCAAUGUCAGCUGUGUAUGGGGGCUACUUGUGGAAUUGUGUGUGUGUGUGUGUAUGGAUAUAUCAAAAUGUGUGUUUCGUAGUGUGUAUGUGUGGGGCUGUUUGGGGUAUUGCAUGUCAGAAACUGCAUGUGGGGUUGUGUGCAUGUAUAUCGAUGGUCAGUGGUGUUGAGUUGCUGUGUGGGCUGCUAUUAUUUGUAUAAGGGGAAGGUUAUUCCGCAGCUCUGUGUAUAUCUAGCAGUGUGUGUGGCUUCCAUAUACAUGUCAAGGGCAGGAGCUGCGAUGGCUGCCGAGGGCUGCUCUACUAUAGUGUGGAUUCCCAUUCACAAGUGCUGGGAGCAAUUGAUCUGAGAACCCUUCUUCUACAUGCUGCAAUGCAUAAAUUGAGGAUUGUCCUUCACCACCUUUCGUAUUGGCAGAUAUCUGAAGUUUCACUGGGACUCCUGAUAGGCCAGAGCCUGUUUGGCUCUAGCAGCUUUGAGUGCCGUGCAAAAGCACCUCGAGUGCCGUGCAUGGCACACGUGCCAUAGGUUGCCUACCCCUGCACUAUACACACAAGCUGCAUUCACUAUACAUACACUAUACACACACUGCAUACACUAUACACUACACACAUACAAUACACACAAGCUGCAUAUACUAUACACAUAAGCUGCAUUCACUAUACACAGUGCAUACACUGCAUACACUAUACAAUACAUACAUACAAUACACACAAGCUGCAUACACUAUGCACACACAGCAUCCACUAUACAAGCGCACACUCUGCAUCCGCUACGCAAACACACUGCAUUCACUGUACAAACACACACUUAUACAUGUGUAUCUGUUUGUGUGUCUGUUUUGGUGUGUCUGUGUAUCUGUAUGUAUGUGUCUAUCCGUAUGUGUGCCUAUUUGUCUGUAUCUGUUUGACGGUGUUCCUAUGUAACUGCAUGUGUGUACCUGUAUCUGUGUAUCUGUAUGUGUACCAGUGUGUUUGAGUAUAUGUGCAUACAUCUCAGCAGUUCGCCUACACUACACACAACUACAACCCUGCAUCUAAAUGUCAACACUACAUAAAAAGACACCACCAUAUUCAAAAACCACACUACAGAAAAAUUCGCACCUGCAUUCAAAUGACAAUACGUGCAAACACACCAAUAGAUUCAAUCACACAUACUCCAUACAAAAACAUGCUUACAUUAAAAAUAUACGAACACUGCUUAGUGCUAAAUACAUAAAAAAAAAUUGCAGGUGUUUUUUACAUUUUAAAGUUGGCGGUGGGGGGGAAGGGGAGAAGUGGUGCCAAAUAUAGGAUCCGCCCCGGGUGCCAAAUGCUCCAGGUACGGCCCUGCCUAUAGGUACACCUCUCCUCCGCCUAGGGCACCUCCAGACCAGCUUUAAAACUGGAAGAAGAUUGCAGCAGAUAUUAAUCUGAUCUCAUGCAAAAGUGUGCUUACAAGGGGGAAGGUCUAAUUCUGAGAAAGUCACCAUAUUUCCUUGCUGGAGCCCCUUGGACAGAAGAUAUUAUUUCUGUAAUGUCUACCAUAACUGGUUGAAAAUAAAAAGGAGAAAUUAACAGAAAAAUAAUUAACCAUUGUGUAAUCAUUUGUUUGUCAUCUGUUUGUUGUAUGGACUGUGACUUGCUUGUUCAAAAUAAAUAUUCCUUUAUUAAAUUCUGCUUUUGUUCUGUAAAAAAUGACGUAACCCGAUUAAGGCACGUUAACAGUCAUUUUGUAUUGCACAGAUAACGUGCUAAAUCAUAUUUUGUGGGUUGUUAUUCUAAUUUGCUUGGGGGACCAAAGCUUUCCAUUUAUUCCACUGCGCUGCUCACCUUUCUGUCUCCUAGAACCUCGUUGAGGCAUGGCUUCCUCGCUAUGGUCCUCAUGGAGGAGCAUUAGGGACCAGAUAUGCACACGCUCGAAGCAGGGCCGGACUGGCCCACCGGGAUACCGGGAAAUUUCCCGGUGGGCCGCGGCAUCUGGGGGCUGCGCUGCACAUGUGUGUCACCGGGUGGCCGGUCCGGUGGCACACACUCUGAGGGGGCCGGUGGGCUGGCGGCUGCAUUCCACUCUGGAGCCGCCGGGCCGGGUGGCAGCCUGACCGGUCCGGCGGCCCUCCUCCUGUCACUAAUGGCUGAGGAGUGAGGGAGGAGCAUGUCUCUGUACCAUGCUCCCUCGUGGUUCCUGUUCUGGGGAUUGUGGGAGCCGCGAGGGAGCAUGGUACAGAGACAUGCUCCUCCCUCACUCCUCAGCCAUCAGUGACAGGAGGAGGGCCGCCGGACCGGUCAGGCUGCCACCCGGCCCGGCGGCUCCAGAGUGGAAUGCAGCCGGCCCCCUGACUCUCUCAGGUAAAUGGGAGGGGGAAGAUGGGGAAUAAAGAGACACAAGGGAGGGGGGAUAUAAAAUAGAGGGGGAAAGAGACAAAGGGGAGAGAAAUGUGGGGGAGAGACAGGGAAAGGGUGGGAGAAAGAGACGGGGAAAGGAUAGAGACACACAAGGGGAGGGGGAGAAAGAGACAGGGGGAAAGGAUAGAGACACACAAGGGGAGGGGGAGAAAGAGACAGGGGGAAAGGAUAGAGACACACAAGGGAGGGGGAGAAAGAGACAGGGGGAAAGGAUAGAGAUACACAAGGGGAGGGGGAGAAAGAGACAGAGGGGGAAAGGAGAGAGACACACAAGGGGAGGGGGAGAAAGAGGCAGAGGGGGAAAGGAAAGAGAUGCACAAGGGGAGGGGGAGAAAGAGGCAGAGGGGGAAAGGAGAGAGACACACAAGGGGCGGGGGAGAAAGAGGCAGAGGGGGAAAGGAGAGAGACGCAUAAGGGGAGGGGGAGAAAGAGGCAGAGGGGGAAAGGAGAGAGACGCACAAAGGGAGGGGGAGAAAGAGGCAGAGGGGGAAAGGAGAGAGACGCGACAAGGGUUGUGGGAGAAAAGAGGCAGGGGAAAGGAGAGAGACGCACAAGGGUUCUGGGAGAGAGAGGCAGAGGGGGGAAGGCAGAGACGCCAAGGAGGGGGAGAAAGAGGCAGAGGGGAAGGAGAGAGACUAAUAAGGAGGGGGGAGAAAGAGGCAGAGGGGGAAAGGAGAGAGACGCACAAGGGGAGGGGGAGAAAGAGGCAGAGGGGGAAAUGAGAGAGACGCACAAGGGGAGGGGGAGAAAGAGGCAGAGGGGGAAAGGAGAGAGACGCACAAGGGGAGGGGGAGAAAGAGGCAGAGGGGGAAAGGAGAGAGACGCACAAGGCAACAGGGCAAUUCCCCCCCCACGAGGCUCUCCCCUGCCAGCCAAUCUCCCUCCCCGUUCCACAGGCACCGUGCGGCACACAGUGCCCCCCAUACACACACUGCCCCCACACACACCAUACAUAUUCACACACUGCCUCCCAUACACACAUUGCCCCACACACCCUACACAUUCACACACUACACCCCCCUCACACACAUACACUGACCCUUUCACACACACUGCACCCCUCACACAUUGCACCACUGCUCCUAUACCCUACUACAGCCCCAUAUCCCAGCAGACCCCAUAUAAGUUGUCAAACUGUUCUUAAACGGUUUGACUACUUACUCUGGGAGGGGGUCCCGGCACUCCUGGCACCAUAACCACUACAGAGAGCAGUAGUGGUUAUUGUGCAUGGAUUAUUUCUUUAAAUAAUCUACAAGUGCCCCUCCCGGGAUCAGGCUCUGGAUCCACCACUGGUAUAUGACAUGUAUAUUAAUGUGUAUUAGUUUUAUUUAUUUAUAUAUAUAUAUAAUAUAUAUAUAUAUAUAUAUAUAUAUAUGUGUGUAUGCCUAUUAUAUUUACACAUAUAUUAAUGUACAUUUAUAUACGCAUAAUACACAGAUAAAUGUCAUUAAUAUGUACCAUUUGUAAUGAGCAGAUAUUGUCUGUCUUGUUGCUAGAUGCAGACUCCAUCACAAUAACAUAUUUAAAGUGAAGAGCGCACCCACAGAACUUCAAAAUAAACAAGAUAACUUCAUUUUUUUACAGUUGUGCCCUACGUACAUUCACCAUUUCAGUCCCAUUACCAAGCUUUCCUUAAUAUGUCAAGGUAGUUGGACUGAAACAUUGAUUACAUGCAAAGGCACGUCUGCUUAAAAUAAAUCUGCACUUUUGUUUAUUUUGAAGCCCAUGAGUGCGCUUUUUACGUUGAAGUACUUUUUAAUUUUAAGUUCUCUUUUCUAAGUCUGUAUCUGCACACUAUGCUGGCGCGACGCAUUAUGGGGCUGGUAAAUAUUUUUUUUCCAGGGCUGCUUUUAAUUCCCAGUCCGGCCCUGGCUCGAAGAUUUCCCCAUAAGUAAGCAUUGGGUCUUUAACGCCUAAGUUAUGCACAUCACAGACCCUAAAUAAAACGAGCAGGAAAUGCAUACUCAAAAAUACAAGGACUCCUUUAUUCCAAAUGUUAAAUUCACAGGUAGAACAAGGGUGAAUGUUCAAUAAAAGUGUUGUAGAACUUAUAAAUAACAACAUAAUAAUAUCUUGUAUCAGACAUUUAAUCAUUGAGAAAUUGCUUAAGGACAGAAAAAGCUGUCCAGUUGAUGUUUUUUAAUGAGAUUCUUAAAGGAACACUAUAGUCACCUAAAUUAUUUCAGCUAAAUAAAGCAGUUUUAGUGUAUAGAUCAUUCCCCUGCAAUUUCACUGCUCAGUUCACUGUCAUUUAGAAGUUAAAUCACUUUGUUUCUGUUUUUGCAGCCCUAGCCACGCGUCCCCUGGAUAUGAUUGAAAGAGCCUGCAUGAAAAAAAAAACUGGUUUCACUUUCAAACAGAUCUUAUUUACCUUAAAUAAUUUUAUCUCAAUCUCUAAAUUGAACUUUAAUCACACACAAGAGGCUUUUGCAGGGUCUAGCAAGCUAUUAACAUAGCAGGGGAUAAGAAAAUCUUAAUUAAACAGAACUUGCAAUAAAGAAAGCCUAAAUAGGGCUCUCUUUACAGGAAGUGUUUAUGGAAGGCUGUGCAAGUCACAUGCAGGGAGGUGUGACUAGGGUUCAUAAACAAAGGGAUUUAACCCUUAAAUGGCAGAGGAUUGAGCAGUGAUACUGCAGGGGCAUGUUCUAUACACCAAAACUGCUUUAUUAAGCUAAAGUUGUUCAGGUGACUAUAGUGUCCCUUUAAAUAUCCAGGUGAAUGGAACUAUGAGAAAACGGUUACUCUGUUUUCUCUGAGAAUUAAAGGGAUCCUAUAGUGCCAGGAAAACAAACCUGUUUUCUUGGCACUAUAGGCGCCUGGAGUACCCCCUUCCCUCAGGGCCCUGCUUCUGCGGGGCUAAAGGGGUUAAAACCCCUUCAGCCACUUACCUGAACCCAGCGCUGAGUCAGACUCCACCCACGCUCCUUCCCCGCCGACGUAGGCCGGUGGGGUUGACCGAAUGCGCGUGGUUUGUUUUCAAUGCUUUCCUAUGGGGAAAAUCUGACGCUGGAGGUCUUGCGUCAGAUAACGGACCAAAAGUCAGUUUGGAUUCCGGAAGCUCUCUAGUGGCUGUCUGUUAGAUGGCCAUGGAGGGCAGCCUUAGAACUGCAAUGUAAACAUUGCAGUUCCAGAGAAACUGCAAUGUUUUACAUCGCAGCACUAAUCGAAAAAGGGUCACAGCACCCAGACCACUUCAAUUAGCUGAAGUGGUCUGGGUGCCUACAGUGUCCCUUUAACCAUAGUUUAGCAUGCAGUAUUUUGUAUAUUUAUCCUCUAUACAGUUAUAACAUUGCUUUUUGCAACACUUGUACUAUUAAGAUUUUUUACAUGUUCAGGGUUAUUCACUAAAGUGAGAAUUCAAAGUGAUUUCAAAGAGAAAUUUAGGACAAAGUAGCCGAACUGGAAGCAUAGCUGAAUUAGAUAAUUUUUCCAAUUAAGCUGUUUUGGCCUUAAUUAUCAGGGUUAUUCACUAAAGUGAGUAUUUAAAUUUAGAAUUUAUUUCAGUUGUGAGCAACACAACUACUGUUUUGCGGGUGUGCAUUUUACAUACAAAUAAAAUUUGUUGAAAACAAAAUCUGGCUUAAAUAAUGUUAAAAAAUGGUUAAUUUAAAAAUACUAUAUUUUGGGGCAUGUCCCAACCUUCAUGGUGAUUGGACAUGUGUGAGCAGAGCUCUUACAAAUUGAGUCCUAUCAUCCCAAUCCAGCAACAUCCACAGCUCCACACCACUCUAUUCCUGUCCUCUAACACAGUCACUAAGGAAGACCUUCCUGCAUACCUUACUGGUCUAUUCCAUUCCCUGCUGCCAGAUAUGCUUAAGGAGGAUUGGCACUUAGACAGGAUGCACAGGAUACCAAGACCUAAAGGUUUGCGAGACUGCACCUAGGGACACCAUAGUCUGAUUACACUGCUAUCAGAACAAGGAGGCUAUAAUGGGGGCCUCUAGAAAGUCUUCCCUGAGCUAUUUCAUGCAGUUACACCAUGGUAUACUCUCAAAACCAUCUUCCCGUUUUCUUGCUUUUCUGAGUCACUCUAUUCCUGUUAUGUCUGUCAAUGGGUAAAUAGUUUAUCAACUUUCUGACACAUUGUAAGAUUAUGGACAAAAAAUGUGAAUGCUUUCUUAUUCUCUAACUGCACAGACUUCUGUUUUGUAUAGUCUUAUUGAACUGGAAAUCCUUGAUUGUUUGUACUUCUUAUCUGAAUUUUGUGCCAUGCUUCAUAUUAUUAUUCAUUAUAUUUUGUAUUUCAAUAAAAAUUAUACAUAAUAAAUAAAAAUAUUCUUAUUUGUAAUUGUUUUUCCAACCCUGGAAUGAGCCAACAUUGGGGAUAUUGGGAGUUAAAUUUAUCCUGAAAAGUGUUUUUUAUGGUGCCACCUGUGCAUGUAAUGUCAUUUUUUUAAGCUGUGCGUGCGGUUAUGUGAAAAACUGUACAAUUAAUCAAAUAUAGAUUUGUCUAUGAUCCUGAGGAAAGAGUGGGGUCUCUUUUUUUUUUUUUUUACACAUUACAAUAUUAAAACCACAUAUACUUUUCAAGACCAGGAGUGCACAAUGUGGCCGAUCAACGUUUCAACCCUGCAGGUCUUUUUCACAUGAUCUUGAAAAAGAACCGCGGUCUCGAAACUUCGAUCGUCUACAUUGAUGUAAUUUUGUUGUGUUUUUUUACACAUUAAAACCACGUAUACCCUUCAAGACCAGGAGUGCACCCUUUUUCUUCGUUAUUUAUAUAUUUUUGUGGGUUUAAGCACCUUGGCUUCAUAUUUUUAAUUCAUAUGCUGGGAGUGUGCCAAGUCUAUUCUGACAUAUAUAUAAAGCGCUACGGAAUCUGAUGGCGCUAUAUAAAUAAUAAAAGUAACUCCAAGUCAAUCACACUUCUGUGAAAUCAAACUGUCCACUUAGGAAGCAACACUGAGUGACAAUCAAUUUCACAUGCUGUUGUGCAAAUGGGAUAGGCAACAGAUGGAAAUUAUAGGCAAUUAGCAAGAAACCCCCAAUAAAGGAGUGGUUCUGCAGGUGGUGACCACAGACCACUUCUCAUUUCCAAUGCUUCCUGGCUGAUGUUUUGGUCACUUUUGAAUGCUGGCAAUGCUUUCACUCUAGUGGUAGCAUGAAACGGAGUCUACAAACCACACAAGUGGCUCAGGUAGUGCAGCUCAUCCAGGAUGGCACAUCAAUGUGAGCUGUGGCAAGAAGGUUUGCUGUGUCUGUCAGCGUAGUGUCCAGAGCAUGGAGGUGCUACCAGGAGACGUGGAGGAGGCCGUAGGAGGGCAACAACCCAGCAGCAGAACUGCUACCUCCACCUUUGUGCAAGGAGGAACAGGAGGAGCACUGCCAGAGCCCUGCAAAAUGACCUCCAGCAGGCCACAAAUGUGCAUGUGUCUGCUCAAAUGGUCAGAAACAGACUCCAUGAGGGUGGUAUGAGGGCCCGACGUCCACAGGUGGGGGUUGUGCUUACAGCCCAACACCGUGCAGGACAUUUGGCAUUUGCCAGAGAACACCAAGAUUGGCAAAUUCGCCACUGGCACCCUGUGCUCUUCACAGAUGAAAGCAGGUUCACACUGAGCACAUGUGACAGACGUGACAGAGUCUGGAAACGCCGUGGAGAAUGUUCCGCUGCCUGCAACAUCCUCCAGCAUGACUGGUUUGGCAGUGGGUCAGUAAUGGUGUGGGGUGGCAUUUCUUUGUGGGGCUGCAGAGAUGAGAUCCUCAGACCCCUUGUGAGACCAUAUGCUGGUGCGGUUGGCCCUGGGUUCCUCCUAAUGCAAGACAAUGCUAGACCUCAUGUGGCUGGAGUGUGUCAGCAGUUACUGCAAGACAAAGGCAUUGAUGCUAUGGACUGGCCCGCCCGUUCCCUUGACCUGAAUCCAAUUGAGCACAUCUGGGACAUCAUGUCUCGCUCGAUCCAGCAACCACAGACUGUCCAGGCAGUUGGCAGUUGCUUUAGUCCACGUCUGGGAGGAGAUCCCUCAAGAGACCGUCCGCCACCUCAUCAGGAGCAUGCACAGGAGUUGUAGGGAGGUCAUACAGACACAUAGAGGCCACACACACUACGGAGCCUCAUUUUGACUUGUUUUAAGAACAUUACAUCAAAGUUGGAUCAGCCUGUAGUGUGUUUUUCCACUUUAAUUUUGAGUGUGACUCCAAAUCCAGACUUCUAUGGGUUGAAAAAUUUGAUUUCCAUUUUUUAAUUUUUGUAAAUUUUGUAGUCAGCACAUUCAACUAUGUAAAGAACAAAGUAUUUCAGAAGAAUAAUUCAUUCAGAUCUAGGAUGUGUUAUUUUUGUGGUCCCUUUAUUUUUUUGAGCAUUGUAUAUAUAAUGUUUCAAUGGAAUAUAUGGUAUAGCAACAACAGAUGAUACAUCAGAAAAAUGUAUGACCCAUCACCAACCUGACAUCUGUCUAGCUCUUAUAACAAGCAUGUAGGAGGCAUGGCAAAACUUUGAGCCGAAUGGUAGCAUACUAGCGGAGCUCUGCCUCCAUGGGCACUAAAAAUUGACUAAAACUAAAAGAUACUGAAGAAACAAGCCACAAUAUGUCUCAGCAUCGCUGCAAAACUAAUGUGGAGUCUAAAGACAAAGCAGCCUUCUUUACCGCCCGCACUCCGCAAACCAAGCAAACGGACCUACAGGCAAAGAUGGCACCGACUCCAACACAGAUGGGGACCAAACUGGAGGAUCAGCCCGGCAAGCCGAAGGCCCACUUACCAAGUACCUACUCCAGACAAGACUGGAUGAAGUAGUGCACAAGAUGCAAAACACCGUUACAACAGCCUUGGCUGAGCCUGAAUGAGACAUUACUGAUCUGGGUACACGUACCUCACAAAUGGAGGAGAAAAUGGAGGACUUCGCUUCAGAGCACAACACUAUGGCAGAUAACUUCGAAAGGCUGGAUGACCUCCUAUGAAUCCAAACUUAUGGAUAUGGAGGACAUUACUGCCACAAUAAGGUACAGCUAUUAAGAGCCAAUCAGAACAGAAAGGAAAUCCCUGAGAAAUUCAAGGACUUACAACUGUUCAUAGACUUGUCGGUGGAAACUUUGUGACGCAGGCGCUCCUACAGAGAAAUCACAGAAACGCUGCACGAAGACAACACCCCCAACUGCUGGGGGAUCCCUGCAAAGCUGUAAGCUGGGGAUGAUGCAAUCCUGACCAUGGUAAAAGCCAUUGCAUAUAGUAGUGAUACUGUUCGUAAAGUCACGUGUCCGUCGUGGGAGGUUUUCCUGGUAUGGGCAAAGUGUAGCUGUGUGGCGCUAGCAUCUCUGCCUGAAUGUCACCGGGGUUUAUAUUCAAUAAAGUAGUGAGAUUAAUACUUCUGAAAAUAUAGAGUAAUAUAAAAUGGUGAAACCGUCAGAGCCUGGUGCCUUAUGUUUGCGUAAACUAUGUAUGGCUAUUUUUGUAGAAUGUGUCAGCGCUUAAAAAACAAAAUCUAUCCUUAAUAGUUAUAAAAGGAAAAGUUAAUGAUAUAAAACCAAAUAUUCUUGUGGGUGUAAUAUUAAUACACCUGCACGAUAGUGAAUAUGUUUUGAUAAAAUAGAUUCAAUGGGUACCUGAUGUCAUUGUCAGGAAUAAGGUGGUGUUGAUAAUCCACAGCUUAAUAUUGCAGAUUUGGUGUAGCAAAAAUUACUAUAACUGGGAUAUAAUCAAACACAGUUUAUUUGCAAAUAGAAAAAGUCUUAUUCGUGGAAAUAAAAAUAUAACAAGACAAAGUAAUACAAAAAUAUAUCCAAAAGUAGUAUAAAAUCGUAGCCACUAAUAAGUCCAGCACAGACAGUUGAGCAGUUGUUCCAUUGAAGCAGCUAUAGUAGUGGAAAGUUCUCUCUUUAAGCCGCCCAAGGAAUAAUACAACUGGAGGGACAUAGGAAUCUCAGACCGCUGGACAAUACUGAAGAUGCAGGAUAAAUAAGUGAAGAGAUGGAUCCUCAGCUCAUCAACUUGUUUCACUCGUGCUUGGCGGGCUUUUUCAAGAUAGUGAAGGAUCCAUGUGUCAUAGCAUAUAUACCCUAUAGGAUCGUGAUGCCUGUUAAGACUUCUUAAGGGUACAUACAAUUUUCUGUGGCAGAACUUUUCAUUAGAGUUCAGCAAACCCGGCACCUACUGUCCUCCCCACCCCUGAGCAGUGGGUGGGGGCCCUAAAUAAGAUUGGGGGGGACACCAACUGUCCUCCCCCUCCGGCCCCACCCCUGCGUGGUGGGUGGGGGCCCUAAAUAAGAUUAAGGGGGGGGACCUACUGUCCUCCACCCCUGCACGGUGGGUGGGGGCCCUAAAUAAGAUUGAGGGGGGGCCUACUGUCCUCGCCCCCACCCCUGCGUGGCAGAUGGGGGCCCUACUUAACAAUGAGGAGGGGGGACCUACUGUCCUCCUCUGGCCCCCAAACUGCAGUAAAGCAUAUUCUGUGAAUGCAGAUGAUAUAAUCCCUUUAGGACGGCAGGCGUACUAUGCGGUCCUUGAAGGGGUGGACCUAAAUGCCAGAGUAAAAUAUUUUAUAAAUAAAUAUAUAUAAUUUGUAUAUAUCUACUUAUAACAAAAAAAGUAGGUAGCCAGCACUAAAGGUCUUGUGAAGAAAAAUUAAUUUAAUCAGUUCAUCUCAUAGAACUUUUAAUCAGGACAUAAUAUCAAAAGAAAUAACAAAGCCACUAUAUAUGAAGAAACAAACUUACCAAACCCCAAUCACCUAUGUGUGAGCAUCUAACCUUCCUCCAUGCAUCUACAUGCCCUGUAGAACCUCCCCCCAUGACAUCAUAGCAUGCCGUGCCUACGGAACUGUUACCCUGGUGAUGUGAGUAAACAUGAAACGUUAACCGAUUGUGGAAUCUUUGUAUUAUUAAAUUCAUUUUUCAUCAGAAGACCUUGAGUGCCGGCUACCUACUUUUUGGUAUAUAUCGUGCAGCCGAGCACCGGGCAGAAAGACUGGGAAGCUGGAGUGCAAAACCUACAAACUGUGUGUGUAUGUAUCUAAUAUAUGUAUGGCAAAAGGAACCUCACUCCAGGGACUUUGUUCAAACUUAAAGUAAAACUUCACUUUUAUUUAAUCCAUUAAAAAUGUUGAUGUUUCAGCUCCCACACAGAGCUUUCAUCAGGACAGACAAUAAAAUAAAAGUGUACAAAUACCUGAAUAUAUACCCCUCGACCAUGUAGUAAUUAAACGUGGGAGAAAUCUAAGAGGUCUUCUAGUUAAAACCGAUCCAGCAAACUGUUACACCAAAAACAAGCCACAUAGAAUAUGGGUUGUUAUCGUUGCCUAGGCUGUGUUACAUACAGCCACAUGAUACCGUGAAAUUUUUUUAUGCACCCUGCUGCUUUGCUGCGUCAGGACCUGGACGGAUUGCUAUCAUCGAAGGAAAAAUGAAUUCCCAAGUUUAUCAAGACAUUUUGCAGGAGAACUUAAGGCCAUCUGUCUACCAGCUGAAGCUCAACAGAAGAUGGGUGUUGCAACAGGACAAUGAUCCAAAGCAUAGAAGUAAAUCAACAACAGAAUGGCUUAAACAGAAGAAAAUACGCCUUCUGAAGUGGCCCAGUCAGAGUCCUGAUCUCAACCCGAUUGAAAUGCUGUGGCAUGACCUCAAGAAAGCGAUUCACACCAGACAUCCCGAGAAUAUUCCUGAACUGAAACAGUUUUGUAAAGAGGAAUGGUCAAGAAUUACUCCUGACCGUUGUGCACGUCUGAUCUGCAACUACAAGAAACAUUUGGUUGAAGUUAUUGCUGCCAAAGGAGGUUCAACCAGUUAUUAAAUCCAUGUGUUCACAUACUUUUUCCACCUGCACUGUGAAUGUUUACAUGGAGUGUUCAAUAAAAACAUGUCAACAUUUCAUUCUUUGUGUGUUAUUAGUUUAAGCAGACUGUGAUUGUCUAUUGUUGUGACUUAGAUGAUGAUCAGAUCACAUUUUAUGACCAAUUUGUGCAGAAAUCCAUAUCAUUCCAAAGGGUUCACAUACCUUUUCUUGCAACUGUAUCUAUCAUUUUGUAUGUCUUUUAUUAUUACCCAUCUUGAGCCAUGAGACAUAUUUAUGGAGUAUGAGUAGCGCUUGGAGAUUAGCGAAAGUGAGUGCUGGGGAGAUAUUAAGUUACUAUGCUCAGGGAUAUCGGAGUGGGCUGACAGCCUAAGCUCUCCUUUACUUAAAAGAAUAUAAUCGCUAUUUUUGAAAAUGGAUAUCUGUGAGGCUAAAAUUGUAUUACAUUUAAAGGGACUCUCCAGUGCCAGGAAAACAAUUCAUUUUCCUGGCACUGCAGGUACCCUCUCCCUCCCAUCUCCCAAUCCACGGUUGCUUAAGGGGUGAAAACCUCUUCAGUGACUUACCAGAGGCAGCGACAUAUCCCACGUCGCUGCUUCUUCUUCCACCGCCACUCCUCCUCUUCAUUAUGUCAGCCGGUGGGCGAGGCUGAUCCCGCCGGCAAGGGAGACCUAAUGCGCAUGCGUGGCAAUGCCGCACAUGUGCAUUAAAGCUCUCCAUAGGAAAGAAUUGAAAAUGCUCUUCAGUGCUUUCGUAUGGGGAAUUGAGCGACGCUGGAGUUCCUCACACAGCGUGAUGACGGCCAGCGACGCUCUUGCACAGGUUUUCUCUGCUAUAAUCCAGGAAGUGCCCUCUAGUGGCUGUCUACCCCCCACUGAAUUCCAUGCUACCACACUUCAAGCCUAACUACUCUUCCUGCCUUUACAAAUGGACUGUACCAAAUACCAGGGCAUCACUAGUGGCCAUUUCACAACUCCAACAUUAUGGUAUGCUUAUCCUUAUGUUCGUUCCAUACAUCUGUACCCCUCAUAGAGCCCUAUUUCUCCACCCAGCAGCUCAGGACUACUGACAUUGAGUAUUCUGCCUUCUGCUACGUUACCUCUACACACGGCUCUCACUCCAUUUAGCAUAUCCAAUCCUCUUCGUUCUGUCACUAUUUUAACUGUUAACUUGCUAGUUCUGGUAUAUCGUUUCAUCUAGUAUGCUAUGGGAUUCGAUUAUGUGGUGGUUGUCUAUUUUUCAGGGUGUCCUUUCUCAUACAUACUUCAGGUCCUUCUAGUGGAACGAUGUGCAGUGGGAACUCAGGCCUACAUUCAGUGCAUUAGGUAUACAGCAUUCGAGGUAACCUGUUCAUUUUCAGUUACAAUGUUAUGUUUUGAUAUGCCUUUCUGUCACAAUGCCUAUUUGCUCCAAACUUGUGGCUGUUUAUUGUCAACUCGAUACAUCGUGAUUGUACCCUCGCCUUGACAUAUACUCAACAUGUUGAUCAAUUAUUCCAGCAACCUACUUUUAUGGCCUCUUACAUAUCGAAACACACUAGGAGCAUACCAGUAUGUCAUGUCUCACCAGGUAUACUUCAUACUGACCACUGCAUGUAUAGUCACCUGGUUCACUUAUUAUACAGUUCAAUUUCCUUUGGUUAGUUGGUAUCAGAUAUCAAGAGUGUUAUUUGUUUUGGGCUCAUUGCAUUUACUUUACCUACCUUACCAGCAAUCUUGCCGUUGCAUUUUCACAGUGUUGUCAUAGUUCUGGAUUAUGAAAUCCCUAGUGGGAUUUAGGUUUUGGACCUCUGUACACAUUUUCUUUUGCCUAUACCUUUUUAUUCACUUAUGCUUACCAUCAACUUGGCCAGGGUAUGUCUAAUCAUACCACCGUUUUUUUGUUUUUUUUCCUUUCGCUUUUACGUUUUUCAAGUCACCAUGCAAUCGACUCGCUAUAUGAUACUACCUCCCUUCUUACAACAACCACUCGCUCUACACAACUUAUGUUUAGCUUGCAAAAACAAUAUCAAAACACAAAAAAUAAAAUAAUUUGUGUUUACACAAAAUAAUAUAUAGAACUUAACUUAAUGACAGUUUCCCUCGGCAACCUUCCCACACGGAUGCCCAAUCAAACAGGAAUGUACAAACAAAUAGGGUGAUACAGCUGUUGUGACCUAAAAAACAAUUAACAACACAUAGUGUAAUAAAGUAUUAGGCAUGUAUAAAAACACUACUGGAAGCACUCCCAGAAUGUAAAAGUUCAAAGCGCCUUAAAGAUGCCACCCCUAAUCCUUUAUGCGGGUUCAAUCGAAAUCCACCUCACUUCUUGGGAACACAGGAACCAGAAGGAAGCAGGAAUCAAAAUAUAAAAAGCAUAGAACUUCCUCAGGGUCCUCUUCAGUUAUAAAACAAAUUACUUGUGCAGUACAAAUAUGCAGUAUGAAAAACCCACUUAAAUCCCACCCUCCCACUGACCCAAUAUAUAGGGCUCCUCUCCUCCGUCAUUGGUGGUAUGGUGGGUGUGUUCCUGAUUAGUUCCGUAAUUGGAAUUACCAUCAUGUUCCUCAAUUGCUUGAUGCCGCUCGUACCGCUCAGCUGUUCGAUCUCCCCAUUCCCGGAUGUGAUGUUUGCGUUACACGGAACACUUCCGUGUGUUCCAAAGACGUCACUUCCCCUGUAUGUAUAAUGAAUAGUUGCUCAUGUGUCGUGAUGAAAUUUCCUCACUUAGUCUCAUAACGGUAUGUUAAGAGUCCUCAUUAAUAGAGAAAUCAAAUGAUGUCAGUGGGGAAAGGAACACUACAAGGAGAGAGAUUUGUUAGAACCUAUCAUUGGUAUGAAUCAUAUACAUGUUGGUGGAAAUAAUAAAAAAUAAUAAAACUGUACAACAGCUUAAUCCUUAUUCUUAAAAAAAUCUGAAUUUAUCUGAGUGCUUUGGAAAUUUUGAAAUACAUAUUCACAAAGUGUGUCAAAAACACCAUAGAUUGUUUAUAUUAAAUGUAUUAAAUAAUAAUCCCACAUAUCUAAAAUAAACAAUAUAACCAUUACUAAUAAAACAUAUUUUAAAUGAAACAAAUCAAAUCUAUAUCCUUAUUUAACCCCUUUGGCUCCAGUGUCUGUAGCCUAUGUAUCCAAUAAGUUUCCCUUUGGGAUAGCUUUUUUUACUAUAUCUCCUCCUCUCCAACGGUCUGGCUGUUAGGGUUUCCUAAGGGGCCAUAGUUAGUUUUCGGCUUCUUGUGCCAUUAUUUAGCAGUCUUCCAAGGCCAACACCCAUCCUCAACUACGGAGGUAUUCGCCCCUCAGGCCAAACCAUAGUUACUGCCUCGCGUGUCUGCCUUUUUGGCAAAAGCAGUUAGGGCCUCACCUGUCACUGCCAACUUAUUUUGAAUCUCUUUAAACCUCACCGAGAAGCCAACACCCCACCACAAUGCUCGGUGGCAAACGUACCCAAUGGGCCAAAUCAUAGGUAGAGCCUCUCAUCACCACUUGGCAGCUAGUAAGGUUCCCAAGUCACCACUUUAGCUUAAUUGUUUCGCCACUUGGCAUAACAUAGGUCAGCCAGUGUCUUGGUGUUAUACAGUAUCUCCCACUAACAAUAUUUUUCUUUCAGGUAUGGUUAUAAAUGCUGAUAUAUUGUAAAAUUUACCUGCCAGGUGUAUGUCUAAUUGUGCCACAUUUUAUUGUUUCGCAUUUACGUUUUUCAAGUCACCACAUAAGUGACUCACUUUACGAUACUACCUCCCUUCUUACUACAUCCACUCGCUCUACAGAACUUAUCUUUAGCUUGGCCUGGCUGUGAGGGUACCCUAAGUGGCCAUAGGUAGUUUUUGGCUUCUUGUGCUAUUAGUUAGCUGUCCCGCAAGGCCAAAUCCCAUCCUCAACUACGGAGUUAUUCGCCCCUUGGGCCAAAUCAUAGUUAUUGCCUCACAUUUUUGCUCUUUUGGCAAAAGCAGUUAGGGUCUCAUCUGUCACGGCCAACUUAUUUUGAAUCUCUUUAAUCCUCACAGAGAGGCCAACACCCCGCCGCAACGCUCAGUGGCAAACGUACCCAACGUGCCAAAUCAUCGCCACUUGGUAACUAGUUAGGUCCCAAAGUCACCAAUUUAGCUUAAUUGUUUCGCCGCUUGGCAUAACAUGGGUCAGACAGUAUCUUGGUUAUAAAUGCUGAUAAAAAUGUAAAGUAUUGAUUGCGUAAUGUUGACGCGUAUUAAAGUGUUAAACUAUUAACUUUUUACCCUCUUUUUACAGGCCUACCUGAAGAGACACAAAGAAAAAAAUGUAUAUAUAAAAAACAGAUGUUAAAUACAUAAUAGUAAAUAAAAUUAGCGAAAUUUAUUUAAACAGUUGGUUUAAAAAAAAAAAAAUAUCACAUUUAUAAUAUGUUAUAUGUCCUUUAUAUAAAUAUUAUCUGUAUCAAAAAGGGAACCAAUUUUUCAGUGUGUUUAGUUUGAGAGUGUGUGUUCACCAUGAAAGCUUUGGUCUACUGACUUAUCUGACCAACUGCUGCUCAUCCUAACUCGCCUGCUGCGGCAGUUUCACACAGAGCAAUCACAGCAGCAGGUACAAGCUACUGUUGUUAAUGGUAACAGCUUGUGACUGGUAUUUUGUUUGUUGGUUUCCAUGGUGAUUCUUCCUUAUUUUCUCUUUGGCCCAGAAUAGCACCUAUUUUGUCUCUAUAAAUAUUCUAUUUUUAUUAAAUAACGUCUUAAAAUUGUGGCAUCAGUUUGGCUCUAGUUGAACUGGCUUGUAAAUCUUUGUUCUACUAUCUUUUACUAAUAUAUGUCUUUUUAAAAAAAAAAAAACUAAUUUCUAUAUUUUCUUUAUUUCUGACAGAAUAAAAAUGAGAAAGCAUUUAAUGAAGGUGGAAGGCCUAAUUCUUCUGUCCGUGGGAGUUCUGGGCAUUUUCUUCAUCUUGCUAGGAUAUGAAAAUGGGCCACAGUUGGAAAAGAAACAUCUGAAAAUCAUUGACUUUCCCACCUACUCCAUUCCUAACCUCCCUCAUCUGUCCUCGAUACAGGGAAUUUCUAAGUGCCAGGUAAACACUUCAGUGGAGAGUAUGAUUGGUUUUUCCAGUUUACCUGAACAUAUUAAAGACUUUUUGAGAUAUAGGCACUGUAAGGCCUUCCCCCAGAUUCUUAACUCCCCUAUGAAAUGUGGAGGUCCAGCAGAAUCACACAAGGUCUUCCUACUACUGGCUGUGAAAUCUUCCCCUGGGAACUAUGAGAGAAGAGCCAUCCUUCGUCAAACAUGGGGGAUAGAGCAGACCUAUUCUGGUGCCCAUGUGAAAAUAAUAUUUCUUUCUGGCACUGCAAGUAAUAAUAAGGCGGACAAGAGAAUGAAAAAGUUGUUAGAAAUCGAAAGUCAGACAUACAGGGAUAUUUUGCAAUGGGACUUCAAGGAUACCUUCUUCAAUCUGACCUUAAAGCAGUUUUUGUUUCACCAUUGGCUAGAGGAGAACUGUCCAGGAGCUCAAUUUAUUUUCAAUGGGGAUGAUGAUGUAUUUGUUAAUACUUUCAAUGCAAUCACCUAUUUACGUGGAUUCGGACAGAAUGGACCAGACAGUCACCUCUUUGUUGGGCAGCUGAUAGCCAACGUUGGUCCCAUACGGGAGUCUAAUAGCAAAUAUUAUGUCCCUGAGCAAGUUACCACCUCUAAUUCUUAUCCAAUGUACUGUGGAGGUGGAGGGAUUCUGAUGUCCAGAUUUACAGCUCGUGCCAUAUAUAACCAGUCUAUCCACAUAGAACUUUUUCCUAUUGAUGAUGUGUAUCUGGGUAUAUGCUUAAAAAGGGCUGGUUUGGUACCAGCCUCUCACAUGGGUAUGAGAACUGUAGGUGUGCGCGUGCCAUCAGACAAAUUAGAUGCAUUUGACCCUUGCUAUUAUAGGGAACUUUUAAUGGUACAUCGAUUUGUACCAUAUGAAAUGCUGAUUAUGUGGAAAGCUAUACAAGACCCUCAUCUCAACUGUGGCCAGAGACGUGGAAUAUAUAUGGUUAAGUGAAAAAUUUCUGGGAAAAGAUAGUUCAAACUCCUCUUGUAAAUUUAUAAGCGUUCCCAAAACAGUAUAAACUUAUAACUUUUGAAACAUUCCCAAAACGGUUUCUUUGUAAAAUGUAAUCAAAAUAUAGCUGCAUUGUUUUUCUACAUUAUAAAUUAAAUGGUUUUUUUUUAUUUUAUUUUUUUUAUUAACAUUGUUUUCAGUACUAAUAGCAUUUAACCAAAAUGUUUUCUUAUGGCUGGUAUUUCGAUUUACAAUUACAAAUUGUCACAUAACUAUGAAAGGGACAGACCUUAACCCAAGGAAAACUAUUCCUACCAACCGCAGUACCAGAACUCAUAAUACAGACAGGUAUGAAUGUGAGUGGCGCAGGUCCAUCCAAAAAGUAACUCCUUAACCUAGCUUGCGUGCAAACCAGGUUGACAGCCGCUCUAGUCAGCCAGCUUUUCACUUGUUAAAUUAUUCUCAGGAAGUAACAGGUUUUAAUGUUUUUUUGUUUUCUGGUUAAAAAAAAUGGUUUUUGAAGGAACACUAUAGUGUUUGGAAUUCAUAUAUGUAUUCUUUACUCUAUAUUGCCUUACUUACCUUUUUUCAUUUUUCACGCUGCGGCAUCUCUAUGGGGAGGGUUCAGCAUCUCCAUGCAUAGCAGGGCUGAAAUAUGCAAGGGCCUCUAGUGGCCGCCUGAGUGAGCUGUUUUUACGCAACAAUGCAAACACUGCCUUUACUCUGAAAAGGCAGAGUUUACACUGCAGGGACAGGCUCUAGACACCAGAACCACUACAUUGAAAGGAAUAUAUAGUGUUAUGAUUACAAAUCUGUAUUCUUAACAUUGUAGUGCCCCUGUGCCACCCAAUGGCCAAUAAAGAGUUAAAGAACCAUUAUUUACUUACCCGAUUCCAGUGCCGAUCUCCCCCAGCUCUUGGUUGGUGCUCUGCCUUCUCCUAAAUCAUCCAAAAGGGAUUUCACUGAUGCUGGAAGUCUUAAUGCAAAGAGGACGUUCAGCAUCAUUUAGGUGACCUAAAAUCCAGUAAACUAUCAGAAGCACCUCUAGUGGCUGUUUAACAUUGCAGGACUAAGUGAGACCUGGACACUGCACCCAGACCACUUUAAUGAGCUGAAGCGAUCUGCCUAUAGUGUCCCUUUAAACUGUAGUGGUUCUGGUGACUAUAGUGUUUCUUUAGCAUCCAAAGGUGCUAGUUGCUGGCCUCUCAAUCAACAUACAUAUUACCCUCUGGAAAAGGCAGUUUCCCUAUUAAUUCAGUGUUAAAAGCUGGUUUGUGGAGAAAUAUGAAAUGACUUUUCCCUGAAAAGUUAUUUUAGCCCCUUUUUGUGGUGGGUUACAUGGGCAUUUGUGCUGCCAAAAAUUAAAUUAAAAAAAGCAAUAAAUCAUUAAUGGAAUUUAAUGUAUGUGCGCACAAACAUAUGUUGCAGCAGUUAUAACAGUGUAUUUUUUUUUAAUCUGUUGUGUAUACACUUAAAAUUGUGUAGUAAAAAUAUCGAAUCAUAAGUGUCUCCACAAAUUUUUCAUGAUUACUUUAAAUUAUUGUGUGUCUGUUUUUUAUGUGGGUGAAACCUGGUCAGUUAUUAUACAAUUAUUAUUUUUGAAGUGGCUGAUUUGGGAGAAGAUAAUGGGAUUAGUAACUUAUUUUGUUUAUUUAUAUAUAUAUAUUAUUUUUACUUCCUAAAGUCAGUCUUCCCUGUUGUGCUUGAAAUAAUUUUAUGAAAAAAAAAAAAAGCAUUGUAUUGCCCACUUUAGGAGGUGGGGAAUCAGGGGAAAUGCCUAUAAAUCUCUAUAACUGAUGUUUCACCAUUUGCAUCAGAGAACUAAUAAAG